AUGAGUGAAAAAGUGAAAAUUAUUCGCACCAUCGAAACCCGUCACAACGUCAGUAUCAGUAACAUCUGACCUCGUUGUUAAACUUGUCCUCUUGGACGAGUUAUUUAUUAUUAUUAUUUUUUUUUUUUCCUAACCAUACGAUUAAAUACGCACCAUCGUUAUUACCCGUAAACGGGCACUCGGAUGACGGGCGAAUGGCUCUUGCGGUAGACGGUGCGCGCAACAAUAUUCUCGUCGCGUCCCGGCGUUUCUCGUAAACCUAAACGCGAUAGCAAAUAUUAUUUCGAUUCGUCUGAUUUAUACGAUGUUACGAUGUCACGAUUGCCGACGACGGUACGGCCGUGCUCGCGACGGACGUCUUUUCUCGUGCCGUACACGUGCGAUACGCGUACACGGCCGGAGACUCGUUUCCGCAUUGUCUCGCGCUCGCCCCGCAGACACGUUGCAGUUGCGGCCCGCGCAAAACAACGCGCGCCCGAUCGGUCCGCGGGCGGAAAAUUCAAUUUUCUCCGGCGGCGCGACCUCUUCAAACCCGUACCGCGCGUACUGGCGCGUCGAAAUAUUGUAAUAUCGAUCCUCAUCCCCCGCACGGUGGUGACGGCUGGCACACCACGGGCGAAACAAAGGACCGACGUUAAGACGAUAUUGUCAUUGCGACGCGCGCCUUUGUAUACGUAUUACGCAUACAUAUUAAUUCGUUCGGCAAACAAUACGAAUGUUGUUAGGCGCAAUAUUAUUAUACUCGUUCGUUAAACGCGUAACCCGAAAACGGAACGUUUUUAGAAUAUUAUAACUUCGGAACGUUUAAACGGAAAAAAACGUGUCUCGCGUCGCCGGCGCAACGGGGUCGACGAACGAUCGCCGGGACGGAUUUCCCGGGAAAUGUCCCCCCGAAAAUAUAAAUUCAUGCCUGAAGUAGUCAAGUAUAGAGACCGAGUGACAAAAGCCCCACAAUCACGCGCGAACAGGUGCACACCGGGAAAAUACCCGAAUUUUCCGAUAGGCUUAUCCGCCACCGAGUGGCGGUAACUAUGUAGGACCGUUUUUCGUGCGGGUUGACGUUUAAGAGGUUCACCGGAUGACCUCAAACGGAAAAAUCGGGUUACUAAAACCGCUCUCGCAAUAAUGCGUAUUGCCGAAACACGCGAUCCGAAGUCAGUACGUGUCCCGAUAGAUUUUUGUGAUAAAAAUGAUAAAACAUAUAUUUAGAAAAACUUUCCGGGGUAAUGUGUUAUCCGCAUCGCCACCCGCGCGCCGAAGUUUCGCCACUGCUUUGACGGGAAUAAUUGAGGAAGCGUUAAACAUUUUAUUCGGACAAUUUUCGAAUUCAAUAUCGGUCUCGGUAUUCGAAAACCACUACGCGUAUACUCGUGGCCCGCCCGAGAUCCUCGGUGGAUAUUUCGAUUUCGGCUUUUACCCCCGGUGCGCGGACGCAUAAUAUAUUUUAUGAGACGAAAACGUAAAAGACCCGGUGAUUUCGUCUCGUACGAACAGUGUAAAUGCAUACAAUAACGUAACAUCUCCGGAACAAAUUGCGCGUAGCCAAUGUUAUCAUCUGCGUUAUUAUUCUAGACUUUCGAACGUUGAAUUGAUUUGAAAAAUAAAAACGGAAACGAACUCGUAUGAAAUAAUGUUGCGCGUAGGAAGCGUAGAUUUUGUUUAAAUCGGAUGUACCGCGAUUGCCGAACACCGCCGUCCGCCGCCGCAUUGCCAGUACCGCGGUCGCGCGUUUUACGCGAUAACCCCCGCGUGCGAACAUCGUUUAAAAAAAUCGCCGUUUCUCGGUGACAACGCGUCGCGCGCUUCAGAAUUUCACGCGGCUACGGGUAGGUGAACCGGUAAUAACAAUAAUAACAAUAAUAUUUACGGGCGAUUCGAGUAGGAACCGAUCGGGCGUCCGAUUUCGCGGCUCAUUCCGCACUCGACGGCCGUCGCGCAGUACGAUAACUACAGCCGCCCAACAAGCGUUACGAGCCCGGUGUGUGUAACGAUAAUUGUCCGGUACUCGCGAUGUCAUCUCGACGCGGAAUCGCGUUUAUCGCUACUUGCUGCGGGUGUCCGCGGCACCACCGCGCUGUACCGCGGACGGGGCCAAACGCGGACGCCCCCGGAUGGUGGAUGGGAUGGGGGGGGGCGAGACGGGGCAACGAAAAAAACAUCGCUUCCGUUAUUCCGUUUCAAACCCGCGUGCGCCAUAAACUAAAUAACACCGUAAAAAGAUCGUUCUGAUAUCCGGGUCGAUAUCAUUUUUUUUUUUUUUUAAAGAUGGAAGGAGGGGGGCUCAGAAUAAUAAUUCGUUAAUUUUUCAACGAUUUUAAAGAGCGCUGUGAACGAUUUCGGGCACUGCGCUUACUCAUCCCUCCCGCGUACCUCCGCCUGUAAACACAAAUAGCCGGGCGACCAAUUGCCAUUUUAAAUCAAAAAAAUCGACGUAAUAAUUCCGGGCGGUGGGCACACUUAAACGUCUGUGGAAAUCAGACGGGUACACCGAAAUUACACAGCUCUUUAAUUUUGUACGCAUAACAUUGUGUUCUAUCAAAAGCAGGUGAUGCGUACGUGAUUAAUAGGCGAAAUAGCGUUUUUUUUUUUCGUGCCCGUCUGAAAAAACAUCCGUCUUCUUGAAUACGACUCCGGUGAAAUAAUAUCUCCUGAACGCGUGUAACGUAUGCAUUUCUCAGAUGAUUUUGUACGGGUGGUAGUACCAGUCCUGAGGUUAUUACCUGCCCUAAGGUAAAUCUCCCUGAAAAUCCGUCACGAUGGCGUAGGUAUGUUUUCGGUUGUAUUGAUUACUCGGAUAAUCAAUAACUGUAAUAAUAUACGGUAUAUAUUCAUAUUUAGGUAGACGUAAAUAUUAAAAAAAAAAAAAAAAAAACAAUGUAAAAUAUAAGUAUGGUUAUUUGUAGGAUCCUGAUUUCACCGCAAUGCACUUUCCGCUGUUUAAAAACAGCGCGUUCCAAUUACAUAAUUCCAUUCGUUUAACAACGAUAAUAAUUCAAAAAUGACAUUUUUCUUUUUUUUUUUUAACGGAUUUUUUUCAGAAAAUUCAAAUCCAAUUCCUAGUUUAUUAUAUUAUUGUUAUUGAUGCAUUUUUUAUUUGGUCCUGUAUUCGUAUUCAUGUAUUAAUUUAUUACGAUCCUAUACUGAAUGCUGUCAAAAUUAUGUUUUCAGAUUGUUUAAUUUAUAGGUCUGGAUAUUCUCGUCACAUAAACGGCUACCUAUAUAUAGAUAAGGAUAACGUCCGUCCAGCAACGAUGAGAGCUACAAAAAAGUCUACAUCGUAUUGUAACAGCUGAUAACUAUCAUAAAUACAACAGGUAAGAACACAAUAUUACGACGUGUAACGAUUGAUUUUAUCCGUUCGAACUGUUCGCGGUUUUAAAAUACAUGGUGUGUGCUUCUUUUGCUGUCUGUUGACAACUUUUCUACCAGAAAUCUUGCAAAAACCAAAAAAAUGACAAAAACCUUUUUAGUAGCAUUUCCAAUCUAGUUGACGCAUUGACAGAGUGAGUUUCCGACCAUUUUUCUUGAUAAAUGAGAAAAAACGGGGAGAUUUUACGGUGUUAUUGCCGCAAAAUGUCUUUCGCUGCUUUACGGUUUUUUUGCGGAUAAAACCGUUUCGGCCGAACAUAAAUGUUUGCAAAUUGAACGCGAUAUCCGUUAUAAUACUCGUAAUUAGCGUGGGGGAGGGCGAAGGGGAAAUUAGCGUAGCGCAGUGUUUUUUUUUUAUCGUUUCGAGUCCGAAUUCCGUUGAAAACCGUGAAAGUUACGGCAUUUCAAAAUACGCAUUUCGUUGCGUGUUACAAUCGAACGUCGCUUGGAAUCGUGUUUCGUCAGCGCCGGCCGCUAUUGUUCAGUACGGAUACAAACUAAAUAGCGCCGUGUUUCCUGGCUUCCGAACUUUUCACCCGGGCGCGCAACAGUGGCACGUCCGCCCGGCGGUAUGGGUUGUUUUAUUUUUUUUUAAAUUUUUUUUUUUCCCCGGUCUCGGUUUCGCCGCGUACCGAUCCCGCGACCGGCGGCGAAUCCUGACCGGUACGUCCGCACCGCGGCGCGACCGAUUGACUCGGCAACGACGUCGUUUCGUCGGUUUGCCGCCGAACGCCGUGUCGUAGACGCCGCACUAACUGUGCGCCGGCGUUCUCGCGCGGUCCGAACGUCGAGUUUUGAUCGCGCCGCGCCGUGUUACCGUUGGUGUCAUUGGCGCGCGGUGGAAUUUCGGGACGCGCGGUACCGAACGGUUCACGUGGACGGCGCGCGCGGCGGCCGCGGGCCGGGGCGGACUUAAACGGGACACGCGGCAGACGAACCGAACGGGUACACUACGAAGGGACACUCGAAAUGUCGUUUUCGUCGAACGGAACGGGUUCGCGCGAACCGCCGGAAAUUCGCCGUCGCGCGCGCCGGUCGAAAUAUCGUUUUUCGCAACGCGCUGCCGUGCGUUGUCACGACGCCCGUUCGGUACGCCGUCUCGCGGGAUUUUCGUUUAAACACGACGCGUAAUCUAUUAGAAAAUUACUGAACAAAAUGUACACAAAAAAAAAAAAAAAAAAAAAAAAGGGCCUCCGGACGCAAAAUACGGCGGCGAUAUUACGGUCGCCACCGGCGGGCCCCGUCUCCUUCGCACGCAUUCCGCGGCGCGGUGUCCCAAAGUGGUCCGAUUACUUACACACCCGCAUUAUGUUAUUGUACGCCGGCGGCGGGCCGUCUGACAAGUUAAUAGCUCCGCGCGGCGAUUGUCCGCCGGAGUGAUGGGCCAGAAAUCGUUGUUAUUAUAUUUAAAUUGACGUCCGGCGGAAAGAGAAAAAAAAAAAAAAAAAAAAAAAAGAAAAAAACCAAUUUUAAUUUAUCAUACAUGCGGCCGCCGGCAAGGUCGGAGUGAAAAUUUCCCAUCGAGUUUCCAGUGUCCAGAUCCGAACGAGGGCGAUUCUCGCUCGUCGACGCACGCCGCCGUCGCCAUUCCGGUCGAACAUUAAUCCCGGUGAACGCGUCGGUUAUCGUUUGUUACCGUACGACCGGGCGUGACAGUACAGGGUGUUCGAGGUGUGUGGUAUACGGGAUUUAGCGUGCCCGCCGGACGUACACUCCGCCCCCCCGGUCACUCUUAUUGCGUUCGGUUUUCACCACGCGCGCGCGGUACACCAACACGUACAACCGUAAACUUUUCGUAACCCGUACGCUCGUACGGAGGAGAACAUUGCCGAACGUUUUUUUUUUUUUUUUUUUUAUUUUCUCCUCUCCGAACAAUUCGUUUUCCCCCAGAGUGCCGCCGAGUGCCGAAGAACGCACGCGCGUACAGGUACGUUUACAUUUUUAAACGAUUUCGAUUUUUUUUUUUUUUUUCAUCUUACGCCCGGAUCCUCUCGGAUUAUAAUAACGGAUGAUUGUUAGGUAUUGUUUUGUAAUCCCGGUAAUUUCAUAAUAGCGGUUAGAAAAAAAUAAUAAUAAUAAUAAUAACAACGCCGACGCGGUAACUGUGUUAUAGCCAUUUAACGGUGUAACCGAAACGGCUACUACGGGUACGGGCGCAGGUGCACGGUUUUAUCAGUAAAAAAAAAAAAAAACGAUCGGGCGGCGCAGAUGUCGGACGAUUAAAAUCACGGGCAGUUGAGAUUUUCCCGCCGCGAAAUUUGCGCCGUUUUCGAAUUGCCCGCGCGGUUUUUAUUUGUUUUCUUCUAAAUAUUAGAUUCCGCGAAAAACUUCUCUCCCGGAAGUACUCUGUGUUUUUUGUUUUGAUUUUACGAUUCACACUUUUCGUAACGUUCGCUCGGGCCAACCCGAAUUGAAUAUUUUAAACACGACCACAACGCAUUCUUUCCGCGCACGCCCGAAUCUCAAUAUUGUCGUUUGAAAAAUGUACUGUCGCAAACCCCCAUCCCUCCCGCACGCAACUCGGUUGUCGACCGACAUCGCUGUUUUUUUGUUUUUGGCACGCGUGCCGCCGAAACGGUCAACACUGUCCCUCCGUACACGAAACCGCGUCGUCGCACCCGUAAACUGGUUGAAUUAACGCGGCCGCAUUAACGACGCGGCUGUUCGAUCGUUCAAAACUAUUGCGGGGUGCACUCCGUUCGGGUGUAUGAAAAAAAAAAAAAACGACGCGCGCGAUAUUCCGGACACGGCCGAUAAUUCACGGCACUGCGGAGUGCGACGUGCCGACCCCGUUCGUCACGGCGCGCCGGCAGUCGAUCCGGACGGGUCGUGCCCGCGGUCGAUUAAUUUCGAUUUCCGAAAAAAAAAAGGACGUCCCGCUAAACGCGCGCGUCCGGAUUAAAAACGCACGGACGCAAACUGUUCGAUUCGCGCGCGAAUGAGCGCCGGGCCGGGACGCGCGCGUACGGGGUCGGUUUUAUUUACCCCGGCGCUACGCUUACUUCCGCGCGUCUGUCCGGACGGAAAUUUUUUUUUUUGUUUUUUAUUGUAAAAUAUAAACAUAAAUAACAUAAUCACACAACAAGCCGUUUACAAUAAAAUGAAAAUACCUACCUCCCUCGAGCGCAAUGCUUGUGAUGGCGGUGGAGUGUUGCAUUGCGUGACAACGAAAAUACGCACUAAAAUAAACGGAUUGAAUUCAAAAGAACGAGAUGGAACAAAACCAGACGUACGACGAAAUGCAUAAGAUAAUUCAAACAGUUUAACACGCUGUAACAUAUAGUCAAUAAUUAUAGUUUGAAUCGUUUUAUACGAUUGGUGAAAAUAACCGUCAGUCAACACGGUUGUUUCAUUGAAUAUUCGAGUACAACUGAUAUAUUUGGUCGCGUACGUUAUGAUGUGUCCGUUAUACGCGAUUCGGCUGUUAUUUUUUAUUAUUAUUAUUAUUAUUUUUUUUUUUUUUUCCCAAUAUACUAGUAAAUAAUUUCAUAAUUACAGGUGCGCGUUAGUCGGUAGGAUUACGUAGCCGCAAGCCGCGAUGGUCGUGGACGCGUUGUUUUUUUCUAUUAUGGGAGUUUCGGGAAAAACAGAAGAAGAAAAAAACAAACCAGAGAAUCCGUUGAUUGUGUAAUAAUGUAAAUCAAAUUAAAACUUCUAUACGGCCGUGUUCAAAUUAUAUGCAUACAACGGUUUUUCGUAAUAUUUUCUUGCGGCCUUUUUUUUUUUUUUUAGCAACAAGUUAUUUUUUUAGAUUUUAAACGAGGAACAUAUUGGGUUGCUACGACGUGUGAAUGCGUGUGUGAAUGGUAUUUUAUUUAUGUGUGUCUGGAAACAACAACUUUUCUAUCGAAAAUCUCGCUCCAUGGGAAAACCUGGAAAUGUUUUGCAUCAUUUUUGUUGAUUUCUGGGUUUUCGUGACAACAAGGGAAAAAUAUGACUAAUAAUAUUUUGCGAUAGUAAUGGUUUAUCGUUGCGUAAAUAUACAAAUUUAAUUACUCUAUAUUAUUAUGUCCUCUCUUCCGACUUCCCUCCAAAAAUAUUGGUAUGCCCAUAAGCAUAUCAGCCUUUUUUUAAAUGUAAUAUUUCGAUUAGUUAUAUCAUUUUUAACGGUCACUAGAAAACUAAAUCGGAUUUAACGUAGGCGAUUCACAUAGUUAAUAAUUUAUAUUAAAUAAAUUGUUAUGAAAUAAAGGCAAAUGUAUUACAGUAAUUAAUUUGGAUUGUUCAACUUUCUACCGUAAGCGUUUUUUUGUUUUUUUUUUUUUUUUUUUUUUUUUUUUUAUCUUUAAUUAAAAUAUUGAAACUGGCGAAUCGGUAAAGUUAUUUAAUUUAAAAAAUGUAGGUACCUAGAGAUCUGCGCGAGAAGUGUUUGAAACAGAUUGACACGCGAAUUUCCUUCCCCUACCGUGGCCAAUUAUGACCUGAUUAACAUCGGAUUCGAGUUAAUAAGAUGACAAUACAGUAUUGCGCUAAAGGCUCAGUUUCUAAUUUUCGAAUAUAAAAAAAAAAAUAAAAACCUUAUACAAUAUUUUGAUUUUAACUUUUGUUUUAAAUCGUCGCAUACGGCGCUAUGAGCGGUUUUUCUGAGGCCAACACACAGACCAUAAUAUCACAGCGUGUUAUUUUCAUUAUCGUAUUAUCUUGAACGGUGCUGGGGCAUCUCCGGGCGAUCAUUCACAGACAUCUUCUUCUGCUGCAGCUAUACAGCCACCGUUGCCGGUUAUACUCGUUUUUCAAAUCAGAUUAUAGACCAAUUGAUAAAUGUUACCACACUAACUCGCUUGUCGUUUUACAAUAUGAAAGCCCCUCUAGAUUAGAAAAUAAAUUAACGAGUUGUCUAUUCCUGUCGAAAUCUCAAUCAUAAAAUUUCGCCGAGACAAUAAUGUUUGCAACAGUAGAAAAUUAUCAUAAAAGCGCAUUAAACCUAACGAUCAAUAAUACUUACGAAAUAUUCGAGUUGAAUCGAAGCAGAACACAUUUUUCUUUUUUUUUUUUUCUUUUUUUUUUUUUUGUAUUAAUAAACGUAAAUGUAUAGAAAUCGAAUUUGAAUAUUUUUCCAACAUCUGUAUGAUAUUAAAAUUAGUGGGUAUUUUGUUAAAGUUAACACAACGCAGAUGUUAAAAAACCUACGUUCUCCGUAAUUAUAUUUACAUCAUGAUGUCAAACAGCAUUUUCCGAAUUAAACAUUCUCAGUUGGAAUUCUUCUUUAGUUUUUUAAUACCGUUUAAAAUAAAUCCGUAACAAAAUUGGAAAAAUCUAAUUAAUCAUAAAACUUUGAUACAAAUUAAGUAGAACGAGUUCCUAUAUUAUGUAUACAUACGUGCCUGUCUAUUUCAUAAAACCAGUUUUUUAACGGAUUUUGACGAAAGUCAAAUACUUAGAUAUAUUUGAAAAUAUUUACAUGUUUUAACACGCAAACAUAAACAAAAAUACUAGUUCACAGUUCACAAAACUAAUUCAGUUUUAGAAUUAAUAAUAAUUGAGUAAUUAGAUGAAGGAAUUAAUUAUCAAUAACAGUUUAGCUUUUUAGGUUUUUUUUAUUUUGUUGAAAAUCGAUAUACAAGCACAUUACUUAUUCAGCGUACAUUUAAUAAAAAAAUAUUAAGAUAGAUUACUAUGUACGCGUAAUCGAAUACGUUUUAAUCGACAGAUAUGUUUCUUUUAUUGUAUACAUUUAAGAAAAAUGUCGCCUGUGCGUCGCGCCAUGGAUAGGUGGUUAAGAGUGUAGGGUAUGGUGGAAUUUGUUUAACACACAAAAAUCAGAAAAUAUCAUUGCAAUGAAACAAUAAUUCUGUUGAUAAACUAGUAAGAUAAUUAAUCAAGAUUUUUCCCCCAAUGUCAUGAUGAUAACCGUGCAGAAUUGAAAACAAAUAAACUCGAUGCAUUGCCAUUUUUGUGGUCAGUUUUCUUUUUACAUUUAUUAGAAAAACCGUUGCGAAUCGAAAAAAAUUGUUUCCAUAUAAAGCGGAAAAUCCUCAUCCUUUAUGGGAUACCAUGGAAAGAUUUGAGCAUUUUUGAGGGAUUUUCGAGUGAGAAAGGCGCGCGUUUUAUGUAAAACUAUUAAUAACUAGAUCUACUCGGAACGUAAAAUAAAAUCAUUAUUAGGUAUUCGCACAGUCCUGAUUAGUUAACUCAUUACCAUUAUUCUUACACAAAAUCAUCAUCUUUAAUCUGUUAUUGUUUAAUAAAAUUGUCUAAUCGACAAAAUGAACGAUAUUAUAUUAUAGAUAAUCGUUUAAUUUUUCCAAAAUUUAAAUACCCUCUACUCUACGAAAUUAAAUUACGUCUCUUAAGAUUUUUUGCAAGCUCGUACAUUAUACUACCCGUCGUGCUAGUCACAAAAAAAAAUACCCUAAUAUAUACGACGUUAUUAAUUUAUUAUACAAAACAGGAGUAGGUAGAUAGCUUCUUUUUUUUUUUUUUUUAUGAGUUUUAUGAUAAUCGUUCUGGUUCCUUGCACCGGCGGUGGCAAAGCCAUUCCUUGUCUUUUUUUUCCAUCAAUACCCGUUUCCACCAAAAUUGACCUCCCCUUUUUUUUCACCGAUACACGUUUCUCCAAAAGAAAUAUAAAUAAUCGAUAAAACGAUAUAAUAAUAUGAGUAUUUUUCGACGAAUGUUUAAAAAAAAAAAAAAUUAAUUUUUAGUUAGAGUACCCUGUGCACGGUGCGUAGUACGCGAAAUAUUAUUAUGUUGUUUUUUCCUACCUUUAAUUAUAAUCACGCAGGUUAUUAAAAAAAAAAAAAAAAAAACCUAAAAAAUUAACAAUUUCCAUACGAACAUUUUUCGCUUCGUUUAAAUUCCGUAUGAACAAAAAAUUGCAUGGUCGAAAACUGUACGCAUAUUACAAACUAAUAGACACGCACAUAUUGUAGUCAUCGACAUUAUUAAUCAAGCUUACGUAUAUUUUUAAUUAAUUAAAUUGUUAUUUAAAAAAUGAAAAUAUUCCAUAAUCUAUAGUAAUGAACACGAGGGAUCAGUUAUUAAAAAAAAAAAAAAACCCAACUGUAUAGUCAUACGGGGUGAUAUCACGAACCAGCGAUAAUCUCGGAGGAUUUUCAAUGAAUCUGAUUUCUGUUUUUCUUUUCCAAUCGUUAUGGACGCUACGGAAUCGUUUAAGCUUUGUCUCGAUACUUUUUUCAAUUUUUCACCCUUAAUUUUUAUACUUGAAAUGAGUAUACGCUUCAUUUUCAAAUAUCAACCCCCAUUUGAACACAGAUUUAAAUAGAGAACAUUGUCUACAGUUUUUGACAUGGUCUUUGCUAUAAUAUCGGAUUUACCGUUUAUGAGUUACAAUAGUUUAGAGUACACGAUUAAUGGCCGUCAAUUACGUUUAUACCCUACCCGGCCCUCGGACGUCUGUUACCGGUUGAGCUAAAGACUAUACGCGCGUUGUUAUUUUGGUUCGGUUUGCCUCCAAUAAACGAGGCUGGAGGACGACGGUUGGACAGUAAUGUGACGAGCGUUCCCUCUCGUCGCCUGCUAUACGAAAAGAUAAAAUAAAAAAAAGGUUAGCUUAAUAAAUUCUAUUUAAAGUAUUAACGAUACAAUUUACAAUUGCAAUUUCUUGCUUUUACAAUUUUUAUCGCCAAUCGCGAUCAUAAUAAUAUCAGCGUUGAACGUAAUCUGAUUUUGUGAAUCGCGACUAUGAAUUUUAAUUCCCACUCCUUCCCCCCUCGUUUUUUUCGUCUAGUAGAAAUAUUCUUAAUAAACAACCGACGUGUUAUGAUAAACACGAUGCUAUAACACUGUAACUACUAAAAUAAUAGUGAGGUAUACCACUUUGAAAAAAAUGGUCACACAAACAGUAGGGGCAGUACGAUUUUGUCUGGAUUCAUUUCGGGAGUCUGUACAUAGGGGUGUGCAAAGCCGAAGUGAAACGCAGUGAAAUUGUUAUAUUAAUCGCUUCAAUCCGCCUAUGUAUAACAAAAAAAAAAAAACUCCGAUUCCCGGACUUAAGCUUAUUCGAUCCGCAGAGUGCCGUUAGAAUAACGGGCACUGAAACCCCUAACCCCCCGUCGGCACCCACAGUAAUUUCCGCUUUGAAACAAUGCCGUAGCGCGGACGUUCGCGCGAGAUUUCGGACCUUCGAAAAUCAUAAAUCCGUCAACGCAAACACUCGGAAUUUUUUUCGUUUUUUAUUUCUUUUCGUCGGUCGUCGCGGUCGCGCGCUGUUAUAAUAAUGGCACGCGUAACUAUUUAUUUGAUGUACGUCAUUUUUCCGCUAUGCCCACAUUCGUAUAUGCGUCGCGAUUCCGAAACGAUUCUUUCGCGCGGUAACGUACUCGGCCCGGAAGAUUACACACACACACACACACACACUUACAAACACACGCACACGUACAAACACACGCACACUCAUCGCUCGUCGCCGUGUACUACUUAUUAUCGCCGAUCCUCUCGGCGUGAAUUCGCGUUUAUCGGACAUCACGUGUAACUAGUGCGGGUAAACGAUACGUUUCCGGACGACGACGAAUCCGGUCCGCGAGUAUUUAGGUAUGCAGCGCUGCUUCGACCGCGCGUGUAGACGUCGUCAUCGUCGUCGUCGUCGUCGUAAACUUCCUAGUAUUCUAACCGUCUCGAGUGGGGAGGGGGGAAUAGUAGCAGUAUAAGUAAUCAUAAAAAGGUCGGUCCGGCCAGCGUAUAAUAUACUCGUAAUAAUAAUAUUCGCUGGCGCGGUAAAAAAAAAAAAAACGGUUACCCAGACGAAAAACCGGUCCGGUAAAUUUGUGUCAUAAGGGCAACGUCGCCGCGCGUCACGCGCAACGCGGUCCGCCGUGCGGCGUACGAUAAUUUCGCGUGAUAACAACAACGUUUUCAUUUAUUUAUUUAUUCAUUUUUUUUUUUUUUUUUUUUUUUUCCUUUCCCGCCCAAUUUUUUUUUCUUUUUUUUUUUUUUUUUUUUUUUUUUUUUUUUUGUUUUCCUUUCCCGUCCAAUAUUAUUAUCGUUCUUUUUUUUAUUUUUAUUUUUUUUUUUUUUUCCCCGGCAUUUCGUGUUAUUCCGCAUAAGGGCACGCGCGCGGUACCGCCCGGAAUCCAACGGGAACCGAUAGACGUCCGCGGAUGACGUAUAAUAUCUCCGAUAAUAAUAAUAACAACGGUAAUAACAUUAUACGGUUCCGAAAACGGCGUUACGAGAGUGGAUAUUACGCGCGAGAGGCCGUGAUGUACGGCCGUAAUGAAACAAACGUGUACGGCGGCCACGCGUAUACGCAUACGAAUUACACGGAUUACGGCGGUCAAAACCGCAAAAAAAAAUAGAAAAAAAAAAAACCGUAAUCGAUUUAUUAUUAUUGUUAUUAUAACAACGAUCGUGAUAACAUCGUUACGAUUUCGGCGUACCGAACGAAUUAAUUUACGAACGAAAUUAUUUAACGCCCGGGCGCCGCCGCCGGUAUAACCUCGUAAAAUCUUUCCCGCGAAAAUCUCGCGUAUUCUUCCGUCCGCCGUUCGCGCAAUCCGCCGACAUACCCGAGACGUCCGCGUUUUAUUUCAAAUGAAAAUCGAAAUCCCCCUGUUUCAAAAGAAUUUCAUCGUCUUCUCCUCCUUCGUUCCAAUUACUCGGGGUCAGCCCCCCCCCUCGUCCUGAGCUUCUCGUCUCGCAUACGCCGAGGAUGUUCUCAUACGCAUUCAACCACAUAUUUCUCGGUCUUUCUCACCCUCCACCCCUUAUUUUCUUCUGCUUUUAUUUCCGUUGCAAUGCUUACCACUUCAGAUUCUUCACUCCCCGCAGGACACGCCCAAACCAUUUCGGUCUAUUUUCUCUCAUUUUGUCUACUAUCGGAGCCACGCCUCGUACGCCAUAAGCUACGUCGUAUGCACUCAUCGCUUAUCCUAUCUCCUCUCGUCACUCCGCUCGUCCACCUGAUCGUUCCCAUAGUCUCAUUUAGAACUGCCCAUACUGUUUGACAGAAUUUUACAUCGGCCGUCGACCUGACGCAACUCGAUUUGUCACCUCUUAUACGACAUGUUUAUAGGUACCGUGGGAGCAUUCUGCUCCCCUACCGCAUGGAAAUGCGUAUUGCCAAGUAUAACGCGAAUUGUUCCACCCUACAAAAAUAAUGUCAUUUAACACAACGCGCCUCGAAAAAAUUUCGAAUAAAAAUUCUCAUUCGUCGAAAAGCUUUACUGCAUAUUAUUAUGUUGAGUCCCGAGUUUGGCUUCAAAAUCGAAUUAUAAUUCAAGUGUCACGGUGUCAGCAAAAUAAUUCCAUUAAUAAUAUGUUAUAUUGUAUUCAUACAUUGAGAUAUUAUAAUUCAAUUGAAUGAAAACGAAGAUACAAUAUGAUACGAGGAUAAUAAUAGCGAUGAAAUAUUAUAAUUAUGGAUCAACCCUCGACAUUGGUUAGUCUAAACUUUUGAUUUCCUGAAAAAUUGUAUUUUUCGGAUCGUGACCAGUUAACUCUGUUGCGCUGUCGGCGUGGAUUGCAAAAUGAAUUGUCAGCUUUUUUCCGACGAAUUUUCAUAUUUUCCGCGUUUUCGUCUAUACCUGCGUAUGCAGCAGCACGACGAGCACGUUUUCAAUUUCGAAACAAAAUAUUAGAAAAUUACCCAAAAUUACCCAUUCAUUUCCCCCACCCCAUUUCCUCUUUAACGUAUUUGUACGUAGUGUUAGCUAUCGUAUUUGGAAAGCCUAGCCUUUCGACCCGAAUAUUCGUCAACCGCAAAUUGCGCAUAGUGCUCGUCAUUUUCGGUAAAACUUUCGAACUGAUAUAUUUAUCCGAACUUUGUACCCGGCAAAAUGAUAAUGUGUAAUUAGAAUUCUCGCGGAAGAUUUAAACGUUUUUAUUAUAAUUUUUGUUUCACAAAAACGUCUGCAACGAGUUAUUUGUUUUUGAAAAACACCCGCUACACACCGUUUGAAUAUUUUCCCGGGUCCCUGCAGCGUAACUUUAUACAUAAAAAAAAAAAAAAAUAAUAAUAAUAAUAAUAAAAAACGGUUGAAAACUAUCCCCUUCACUCACGCGUUUACCGUCUUUACCGCGAAAACCGUCGGAUCAAUGGAAAAAUGCGGUGGGCCCGUUUCCGUAAAAAUGACACCACAUACCUAACAAACUAAUUUACAGACGAAAAUAACGUCCCGUGACGCGUGAGACCGUUGUAUAGUAUCGCGUAAUCUUUAAACCAACCGAAUAAUAUGACGUGUUUCGUGGCGGCCACCUCGUAAUCAUAAUAUUAUCAUCCGCUAUUAUUUUUUUUUCGGAUCUCUCAUUUUUUACGGGCGUCGCGCACGAUCGUUAAUAUCCGAACGAGCAAUGAAAAAACGAAUCGUACAUGUUACCGGCACAGUUUUCCAGACGAAUCGUAGACGUAGUCUCGGAUCCGCGCCUGAAAAGACAAUAUUCCGUACCGAUAAUGUCACGCCGACACAGAUUUCGCGCGUACAAUCAAUAAACCCGUUGAGAAACGGGUUGGACCGUUCUCGCCAAAACACAAGUACCGAUCUGUAAUUGUUGUCGUCGAGACGUCCAUACACCGCAAUCGAGUCCGGAUUAAGGGGGAGGGGAGGGUCCGGGGAGGACAACGGCUCCCGGGCCACCAGACUCUCAGAGCCUCAGUUUUUGGCCGCACGGUUGUUCUUUACGUAGCCAUUUUAACCGUUAACAUUGUACAGAGUGUUUCAAAAUGAUUCAUCCGAUUUCAAAAAAUUGUAUUUAUUGUACAAUUUGAACAAUCAAGUUACGAUAAGUUUUACAAGUCGGUCAAUGACUUAGAUAAACUUAUAGAUAGAAAAACUUAGAUGUAACAUUUACAAAUGUUCAACGUGAUCUCCCCCUUGCGCAACACACAUCUAAGCGAUAUUCAAAUAAACCUGUCGAAGCAUGUCGAAUAAAAUCAAGUUGACGACGUCUGUAGUUAUGCGACUCUUCAAUUCGCUUUUUAUUUAACACCAAAGAAAAAAACAAUCGCAUAUUUUAAAGUCCGGUAAGAUUCGCACUUUUCGAAACGAAGCACACAAAACGCUUUUUGUUCCUCGGUCGACCUUUAGAUAACAACUAUUUAAAUUUCGCCACUCGGCUAAGGUGCACUUUAUCGCAACUUAUCGGUAAUCGACAAAAACUCGAUAACCCCACCAUUCAGAUGGUUGGUGCUUCGUUUAUCACAAACUGCAGGAACAAUGUUUUUUGGUCUACUAAAAUCGGAUGAAUCAUUUUGAAACACACUACAUUGAUAUUUUAAUAUCUUUUCGUUGCCUCGUAACGACUUAUUCGUAUAAUUAUUAAGUAAAAACUACUAGGGCCUAACUUUGUUAAAAAAUAAUAUAAUAAUAAUACUUGUGGCUUUUGAAUUGAGAUCUGCGUGAUGCCAAUACUAUGUAUUAUUUUUCUUCCGUCAAAACAUAAUGAUUAGUAAACAUUUUUAAAAAUUGUGUACUAUUAGCCUUUCAACGGGGGCCUCGUCGAAGAGUUCAGCCCCGGGUCCUCUUAAUGUCUAAAUUCGGGCUCGAUCACUACAAUACGGCCGAAAUCCCGACAAGAAAAACUAUACGAGUAUUUUCAACCUCGUUAAAUACCAUAUUAAUAUGGUAGUAUGCACGUUGUCGUCGUAACAUUUAUAACUGUUAUUCUAAAGUCGUAUACAGAGUUGUUUUUUUUUUUUUUUUUACCGUUUCUCUCGGACGUUUCCGAAAAGUUUCGCGAAAUUGAAAAACAAAUAUCGUUUGUCUUGAAAGUUUUGAAAAAAUAAAAACAAAACUUUUGCCGUCGUAAAAAAUAACCCCCGGAGAUGAUGCGGUAUAUUUAUAAUCCUGCGAACUCGUGCGCAUAUAAAUAAUACGCUUUUCUGUUAUUAUAAACAUAAUAUUUUCUUCUGCGCCGUAAUAUUAUACCGUAUAGUUUGGCGCAGCGUUAAAAUCGAAUCGCGCCGCGCGUAAAACAACACCUAACCGUAAUAGCGCACAAACCUACAGUUACGCCGGGGAUCGGAUAUUGAAUACGAACGGCAUUUUGGGUCGGCCGAUACGCGAAAUCGGCGCGGUUACACCAGGCAAUCCGAAAAUCCAAUGUUGUUACCGACAACUAUGUAUAUUCGGUUGAAAAUGUCGGCCGUAACGGGUCGGAUGAUGGUUUUCGAAAAAAAAAAACGAAAAAACAAAAAACUUGCGUUUUAGUUUGUCGUCGAAAAUUACCUUCGGCCGCUCAAAUAAAUAUAACUGAGAUGUCGCGCUAAAAAUCAAAAAAAAAUAAAUAAAUAAAUAUCUAGUGAACUCGAUUGAAAAGGAUCGCGUUGAAAAACUGCGUCGGGAAAAAAAAAACGUUACGGGAAAUUUCAUUACAAAUAUUGAAUAAUCGACAAAUUUUGUUUUUUUUUUUUUUUUUCUUCCGGAAAAACAUUUUUUCGAUCAAUGUAAACGCUCCAAACUUUUCACGUCGUAGGUAACAUUUUUAAAAGAGAAUGAAUUUUCCGGCAAGCGGUACUUCGUUCGAAUCAUUUUCCAUAGAUUUCUGAUUUAUUUUUUCUCGUAACUGAGGCCCGAAGUCAACAAAUCGUAAUGAUAACUGCACGACGUUUUCUAUACAUGUUGGUGUAUACUAUCGUAACAUUCGUUUCUCCGCGUACAUUGCGCUCUUUGUAAAAUUAUUUUCAACGCGGUUUCCUCGGCGCCUACAAGGCUCGCGAGCCGCCACUGACUGUCGCGGUAUCUGUGCACAAUGUAAAAAACGAUCGCAGUUUGUGUAACGCAUUUUACGCGAAUUCAUUAUUAUUAUUAUUAUUAUUCGUCGUAGUUUACAAAAUCGACUUUUAGAAAAAGGUCAAGCGCAGUUUACCGUCUCUCCUUUAUACCAUACAAUGAAUAAUGGCUAGGCGUCUAUAGGUGAAAAUGAAAUAUUAUACGUUUCUAUUAUUAUUUCUAACCUAUCGAUGGUCGCCGUCGUACGCAUCGUUCGUCCGUCUGUCAAUUAUUAUAUUAUUAUAUUAUAUAUACUGCUAUUUUUCGACGACCUGAAUGUUAUUAAAAAAAAUUUGCAAUGGAUAGGUUGCCACGCUGCUACUGCUCGCCUGUACACGAAAAUAAAAUACGAUAUGCUGGUAUGUUACUGCGGCUCGUGUAUAACAUUAUGUAUUAUGUAUAAUAAUAAAACAGUCGCUAACCCGUUCGCGAAAAAAAAAAAUUCAUAACAAAAAGAAUCAGGUCGCCCACCGGCCGGGCGCUGUCGGCCGCCGUCGUCGUCACCACCGCCGCCGCCGCCGCCCGAGAACCUGUGCUAGCCGUACCUAGAGCCGCUCCUGACCCGGAGAGCGGUCAGGAAAAACGCGUUGAUUACCAAUUACCCGGUACAUUGUGCGGGCGCGUACUGUCCGGAGACACAAUGUACGAUAUUAUUGUUGUACUAUAUUGUGUUACGUUAGCGUAUUAACGCCGCCGCCAUACAAGGGUACGGGGAAUUCGUUAAUGAUAAUAAUUCAUUGUCGGACGGGGAAAAAAAAAAAAAUAUCACCCGCUCGCGAUUAAUGGCGAUUUUUUUUUUUUUUAUAUUGAUAAUAAUGACGGAACGGCGCGCUCAGUCGUCGUCGCCCGAAUUCGUAGCCGUAUUAACGUAAUAACGCGGCAACAAGAGCGGCAGUGCAACAACACGUCUAUUCUGCAUUUGCCCGUUGUUGCACAGCCGCAUUAUUAUUAUCGUUACCAUUAUUAUCGUUAUUAUCAUUAUUAUUAUUAUUAUUGAUGUCGUUAUGGGAUUGUAUUUUUUCACUAUCACGUGGAACACCGCGAAUCUCCGGGUCGGCGUUAUUCACUGUCCGUCGAACGAAUUUCCGUUUUCGCGCCGUCGGUCGGAAAACCUUCGGCUACCCGCGAGUCGCCGCUCCCCUCGAACCGUUUCAAUAAUAAUAAAAAAACCGAAAACACCAUAUCGACGGCUGGAAGGAGCCGACAAUGGUCGUCGUUCGAUGUGACGUCUGACGAUUUGUUUUGCCGGAUUUUUCGAACACUAUUAUAGUAUGGUAUUGUAAUUUUGCGGAUUUUUUUUUUUUAUAUAAAUCACACAAAAAUCGUAUUCGUUCGAAAAGCGGCGAUUUCUUUUACCGUCGAUUUUCCGGAGUUUUCUCGCGGCUAUGCGAUUGUUACGAAACUGACUACAACCCUCGCGGUAUGUCUUUGUGUAUUUUGUUUUAUUAUGUCGUAAGAGUCGCGGGGACGCAAAUUUUCGUAUUCUUUGAUCUCCACCCCGCCCGCAUUUGAUAACCUCUCCUCUCCUCCCCCCCUCCCCCCGAAAACGUUAUCAACCGGCGCAUAGAUGAUGCUAAGUACCGGCGGGCGAGCGGGCCUACGUUAUAAAGAGGUCAUUUGAAAUUUUUUCAGUGGAAGACACACUGGAAAACCGUGAAAACGCAACCGUAUCGUUUUGAGAAUAAAAACGAGACAACGAAGGCCGGGAAGGGCCUUGCACGCGGGUGUCGAUAUCGCGAUAACGUGAAAAUCUCGGAUAUCCCGGCCCGAUCCUCGUGUAACGCGUUACGCGUCGGCGAUGAGCUUUUUGAGUCUCUUCUCAAAAGUCGUCGGGCGUCACGCCACCACAACAGCCCGCGACCGACGAGAAUUAUUCAAAUAUAUUUCGACGCCGGUUUUUUCACCGCCGCCGACGCACGCCCAUUUAUUAACAAUAUUAUUUCUCAUUAUUGCUGUUCGUCAUCGUUAUACCGACGUCACACUCUACAAUGUAUAAAAAAAAAAUAUAUAAAAACUAUCGCCGCGCGUCGCCGUCGUCGUCGUCGUCGUCCCGCGUUGCUGCCGUCGCGUCGUAGCAUUUCGGUCGGCCUGACACGAUUCAAUAAUAUGGGCCCGGGUGGGUGGGUGGACGCGUUGCCGUGUCGGGGCAAAAAAAAAAAAAAAAUAAAACAUUCCGUUCCGCGUGUCAUCACAAUGGUUUGCCUGUACACGGCUCGGUCUUCUCUCGUCAAUAUUUUCGGCGUGCACGCGCACGAUCACCGGGUAUCUAAUAAUAAUAAUAGUAAUAAUAAUAAUAAUUUUUUAUUAUUAUUAUUAUACACUUACGGCUCUGGAACCGAUCACGUCGCAAUGGUCUUGGUCUUGACCGCCGCCGCCGCCGCCGCGCGCCGCACACCGACACAAACUGCUAUAGACACGUGUAUACGCCUGUGUAAUAUUACUACAAGAUAUAUCAUUACACAUAUAUACGGCGAUAGCAGUGUACCCGGGUAUACUAUAGUAUACACCGUCAUUAUACCGCUGCUGUAAAAAAAAAAAAGAAAAAAAAACGACGGGAGAUGGCACGCGGCGGCGGCGGCGGUGACGACGACGGCCCGCCGUGCGCCACCGAUAUACCUGAUAAAUUGCCGCCGCCGGCUCUACGGCCGAGACGAUAAUGGAAAAAUAUUAUUGCGCGGGUACGCCUGUGCCUACGCUGCGGUACCUGCGGCCGUCGCCGUACGAUUGACGCGAAACCGUCGCCGUUGUCGCCGCGCUCGUCACGUGUACGGGGCGCGUACGUUUAUCGCGACCCGGCGAUUUUUAACGACGACGGUUUCGGAAUCUCGGCGUCCGGUCGCCGUCACGUUACACCCGUAGUGUUGCCGGCGUCGUUCAGUUCGCCCGUCUGUAAUCUUCUGCUCCUCGGUCUCCGUCCCCCGGCCGUGUCCGGAAUCGGCCACCCCCGUACUUAACUCACACUUGGCCCGAUCUCCCGUCUCACGUCCCGUCCGGCCAUCGUUUUUUUCAGCAUUUCUCACAUCGCCUACCAUCGAAACCGUCCGCUCGUCCGCUUAAGCGUUUUCGUCUUUGCUGUUGUCCUUAUUUUAUAUUCUAUUUUACUGUCUACCCCCCCCCCCCCCAAAAAAAAAAAAAAAAACUCUCCGAACCGUAAUAACAUAGGUUAGUCUCCACACACUUUAAUAGAACUUAACUUUAAGUGUCCCGUCAAAAUUCUUUUGUCGCGUGAAAUACCUGACGGUUCCGUCUGCUUUAUCCGACCACACUUAACCGUGCGUCUGUUAGGUUAUAAACGUUUGUUAUGUUCAUAAAUUCUCAUACUCGCCUAUUACGUCACCACCUCUCACCCGUUGUCUCCGCGCACAUCGGAAAUGAAACAAUCCGCCAGUCGUAUCUGGAACUAUUUGACAGAAUUCCAUACCACCCGUGGAUCAGACACGACCCCGUUUGUCACCACUUACGACUGGUAGAUGUACCACGGGAGACUCGGGAGUAUUCUGAUCCCCUCCCACGGGAAGAAUGAUGUUACCAAUUAUUAAAUGAAUUCUUUCACCGUACAGUAACAACGUCAUGUGCCUCACUGAAACCGCCCACCUGGAUUUUUCACCAAUAGGAGUUCGGGGCCCCGGAUUCGCUAAACUCUAAGGUGUAUUAUUAUUAACAAUUUUCUUAUUUACAAUAUUUUCGAAAUUUUACCAUUAUCGUUUCGUAUACGCAAUAAACAUACAACACAAAAUAUUGAUUUUCCAAUAGUAUAGGUGGUAGUAACCACCACUUGAUGUUUUUUUUAAAAAAAAAAACCUUGAGAUAUAUGUAAAACGAAUAUUUUAUUCGCCAUUUUACGAGUGGUAACAGUUUAAAAUUUAUGCCGGAUGAGUUAUGAGAAAGGUUAUACAUUAUAUUAUGAUGACACUUCGCCCUACUCCUCUGGUCGAUCAAUUUGAAAACUGUUAAACUAGUAAAUGGUAAAUAAAAUACUCGUGUUGUGCAUAUCAAAAUUUGAAGAAAAAUAUUAUUUAAUCGGAUUUCGUUUGAAAGGUGGACGGCGGUUCGCCAUUUGAACAUCAAACGUGAACGAAUCUAUUAUAUACGUGUACCUCAUUGGAGAUGUACAACAGGAGUUGGGGCGAAAGUUCGAAAAUAGUGUUUAAAUAACGAUUGAAAGAUUUUGCAAUGAUUGAAAAAAAAAACACAUAAAUCAAAUCGCCAUAAAUCCUCCGAGAAAAUCGCGAGAUAUUGCAAAUAAAACGGUCGUCUAUAAUUCGGAAAAAAUGUCAUUAUACUUCGUAAAAGUUUGUUUGUAUUCGAUAUUACAGCGCUGUUGUGUGCGCACGUCGUAUCAAUAUUUUUGGAAACGCGCCUUUUUUUUUUUCCGAUUUUCAAUACGCAAACUAUACGUACCGAAAUGAGAUUCAAAAGUCGGUGGGCCGUUUAAAAUUUCGGAAACGCCGCGGUAAAUAACACGUGAUGCGUCCGAGGGCGAAGAAACGCGAAUUUGUAUUUACGGAUCGCCGGUCCGUGUGAUAAAAAAAAAAAAAAAAAAAAAAUCGCCCUGUAUAUAAAAUGAUACAUUAUCGUGUCACAAUGCAAGACGGUUUUUUUUUUCUAUCGCGCACACGCGCGAAAAGUGAAUAGGUAUUUUCCGGCGCGUGCGCGCGCGCGGUCCUACGCGUAACGCGGCGUUACACGCGCCGCGCAGCGCGGUACCGAAACUAGCCGAUCGCCACUCGGUAAAAAACGUCGGCGGUCAAACUCGACGUUGUUAUUGCACAACGCGGUAACGGGUCGCCAAAACCCAUUACGAGAUUUAAGAUUUACAGACCCGGUACCCGUACGCGAACCCUUUGACGUGCGGCGACUCGUUCGUGUACAGGGUGCAAUACGAAACAAUAUCGGACGCCUGGAACAGACUUUUCUUCCGUAGUUUAAUAGUUUUUUUUUUUUUUGUUUUGUUUUGUUUUGUAUCAAACGAACGAAUCGUACGGCGGGUAUAAGCUCUAGAAAUUGUUAAAAGAAAAAAAAACUAUCGCAGGAACGAAGCCGAAGCCGUACCGGGUAUCGGAUCUUUGCGGUGCAGCCCGUACGCGAGGGGGCGUGUGUUGUGGCGAAAACCUGAUAAAAAAAAAAAAAAAAAAUGAAACGCUCGUCCCCGUCACAAUGCCUGUUGUGUAAUGAAUGCGGCGAUAUAUUGUCAUCGUAACGUCCCCGCGUACCUUUAUCGGGUACAAUGCACGAUGCGAAAACGGGGGGGGGGGAAACGGUUUUCGCCGGCGUGCGCGCGCGGGAAAAUCGCGUACGGCCUUCGCGCGACCCGCAAUAGGCCGUCGAGAUUUCCCCCGGCCGCCGACGGCGUCGAUAGUCGGCGAGAGUCCCACCGCGACGGCCGCGGGGUUUUCGGUUUUAUUAACGUCCGGGCGCGCGCGUUUCAGCGGGUGAUGUUGUGUGCGUGCGUGUGCGUACGCGUACGUCAGUCGGUUUGCGUAGUUCUUUAAACGUUUAAAACCGACUGCGCAAUAAAACGUCGGGUCCCGUGUGAGGUGCGCGCGCGCGCGCAAUGUCCGAUUGUUAUUUUUAUUGUUAUUGCGGCCGCAGUGCGCCGUGUCCCCGGGGGAUUCGCCGGGGACACGCGCAGGAACGGCGCGCGACGGGACUCACGCCCGGAAUCGUAAAUGUUCCCGCGGGACGUUCCGGCCGCGCGCGCGGCCACGGCAAUCAAUUUGCGUCCGCCGCGCUCGUGUUCCGGUCCUCCGGAACGCGGUGCGGGGUGGCUACAGCGUUUGUUGUCGCCGCGUUCCCGAACGGCGGUGCCCGAAUGUUCUGGCGUGCGCGUCGUGCCGCCGAUCAACGGGCGCCGCGGUCGGCGGUACUCUCGCGCCUUUGCGUACGGCGAUUCCGCGCUCUUUCCGUCUUGCGGUCCCGUAUUUCCCGCGAUGAACCCGCGGCGGCGUUAUCUCUGACCUUCCGGAAAGCCAUUGAAUCCGACGGUGUAAUUAUGAAAUCCCGAUGUCGUUGCCUUUCGCGCCGAAAAGAGACGGGUCGUCUUCCGUACGCGAAAAAAAAAAAAAAAAUUUCAAACAGUGUUUCGGAACCGUAUUUCCGUCGGGAAAAUAAUUCGUCGGAAAGUGUUUUCUCGGAACUGUUCACAGUAAUCCCAUGAUACGCACUGCGCGGCUCCGUGUUACCGCCGUUCGGUAAAAAUACGAUUCCGGCAGAACGCGUCUCCGUGGAAUUCCUUUCCCUGCAAAAUACCGUUCCGAUAGAAAAAAUUGUCCGAUACCACGCAAAUAUCGUCUUCAACUGCACGCGCGAAUUCCCAAUGUCGGCGGGAUUCGCGCACGCGCGUAAAUUUACCCCCGAAAAUCGCGUGAGCGCGCCUAAUGGAUCGCCCCGUCUACGGGUACCGAACGUCGGAUAUCGCGAAGGAGCCGCGUGUCGGCCCGUUACAGUUGCGGCACCGACUGCUGCGCGGCGGUCGUUCAGAUAACACGUCGCGGUACGCGGGAAUCAAUGUCACGUUAUCGAUAAAACCGCGCGAUUGGCCCGGGAAUCGGCCGUGCAUUCGGCUGUGUACUACGGAUACGGAUAUUAUUUUCGAUAUUCCGCGGUAACCGCGACACCGGACACGGCGCGGCGGUCGAGCCGUUUGAUAACGGCCGUAUUACGAUGUAUGCCUAGCCAAUAACAACUCGGACGGUAACCGCUUUUUUUUUUUUUUUUUUUUAUUAUUAUUAUUAUUGUUAUUGUCGCUGUUAUUGCCCGCGCACGGUGAUUCGCGCGAAAACUCGCCUGUCCGCCUGAUAUCCGGAACGGUAAAACGCCCGUUUGCACACGCCUCCAAAUGUCAAUUGACACCGGUAGGCGCGUUAUAACGUUGCGAUUUAAUUUCUUUGUGAAUUUCCGCAAGGGCCACGCGGACCGUUUUCGACAGACAAUCGAGAAACGAACGGGGACUUUUUUUUUUCCCCCGCGCUAUUUCUCUUUGACGUGUAACGGAGGGCACUUUUUGAGGUUGUGCUACAAAAUGAAUCAAAUUGAUGUGCUUUAGACGCGAACAAAAUCGCGUCGAUAUUGUCAAUAGCUGUAUACAUUUAUAAUAAUUUACAAAAACGAAAAAAAAUAAUCAAUUAUCCUUCGAUAUUUUUAUCGAUUAAAACCAUUAUAAGUAUUUGCUUGUUCACUCAUUAUCGUUAUUUAAUAUUUAAUAUCCCGUAAAAACGUUUAAUACUGACCCAUCCAUUUCUUAUAUUAAGUCUAUGUCAUUUUCAGAUGUACAGAGUAAUUUUUUGUUUUGUUUUUUUCUUUUUUUUUAAUCGCAGACCAGCAGCGAUUAAUAAUCACGAAAGUUUCAUGUACAUUUCCGUUUAAUACGAAUUAUUAUUGAGUCAUUUAGAUAACGGUUUAUAAACGCACAUUUCGUAUUCGAUAUUUUACCGUCAUUCCGUGGUUAAUAAAUAAUAUCAACAACCAACGUUUUUCAACAACUCGAAUUCGAAAAAACAAUGGCUUUCUGAAAAUUCUAAAACUUUUGUAAAAAUUGCAAAUAUUCAAUUAGGUAAAAAUACGUAUAACACGUACUGUACAGGUUUGUAUAAUAACAAUCACGAAACACAGGAAGGCGCAUGCCAAAAUUUUAAAAUGUUUCAAACACAACUAACAAAAAUUUCAAAACAAAUCGCACGUUAAUGACUAACAAACAGUGUUAGAUAUUCAUCUUAAAGUUUCUACAGUAAUUUGAUUGCAAUUUACAAAACUCCGGGGGGUGCUUAAUGGGUUGUGUUUUUUUUUAAUUUUUUUUUUAUCAUUUUUGAAAAACGUUAGAAUUCGGACAUGUACACUUUCUGCGUCACACACACUCAACAUCAAGAUAACCCGUUAACCCCGAUAACCCAUUUAACCCGUGUACAAUAUAAUUACACCCGUUAUUAAAACCGAGCCAAUUUAAAAUCAAAACACAUUCAAACGAUGGAUUCAAAUCUUCAAAUUUUGAAAGAAUGCCGUCGUUUGUUUACGGGCGCUCGAUCAUAAUAUAUUAGAAUCGGUUUUGAAUUCUUCGGCUUUCUUUUGAUAAAAAAAAAAAAAAAAAAACACCAAUAUUAUUGAAUCGAAAAACGCCAGUAAUACGCAUAAUUCGCGUUUUAAACAUACAGAUGCGCGUUUCUCGCACUUAAUACUACCUAUAAACGUUGACCGCCGAAUCGACGUAGAAAAGAUGCGAUAGUUGCAAUUUGUUUUCGGUAACGGACUGCGCGGGACACGGGGCUCGUCAAAUGAAAUAUACGUAUAUUUACGCGAGUGUCCGCCACCGCCGCGUGGAGGAUUUCUCGACGCGAUUGCGCUACACGGUAAUAACGGUAAAAAAAAAAAAAUCGUAAUUCCUUUUCGGCAAAUAACAUUAUAAUACUGUAUUUUAUUGCGAAAUAAACGCAUCACGAAAAAUUAUAGACAAAUUCUUUAAUGGGUGUAUAUAAUAAAUAAAAUAACGUACGCGCAUAUAUAUAUAUAUAUAUCUGUAUGUAUCGUUAAGUACCGACCAUAUUUAAAAUCGUCCAAAACCAGUUAACGGUAAAAAAAAAAAAAAUAUAAUAUGCAAACUGCGCGCAUUAUUAGGAACACAUACUCGUAUAAUACUGUUGACUAUGCACGCGAGUUAUUAAUUAAAUUCGAAAAAAAAAAAUGUGUAUUUUUACCAUUUCAAACGAAUACGUGUUGUUUUUUUUUUUUUUUAAGUAGACCUCAAUAGUUACUAUACAAGUAUCCGGGACACGAGUUUGCGGGCAUUAGUACCGGGAAUCGCAACAAAAUACGUACAUAGUUUUAUGUCUGUUGACAAGGCUGCAUCCGAGUUCCCUCCCAACAACCUUUUUUUCUAUGUCAAUCCGGUCCCGGGUGAAAAAAAGGAUACGCCGAUUCCGUUCCGGUUAAAAAGUGCGUGUACCAAUAAUUUCGUCCCUAGAAUAAAAAAAAAAAAAAGGAGGUUAACUAAAAAAUUACACCAUUACUAUAGUAGUAUAAUGAAAAAUAAUAAAUCUAGAGACGCAGACGCUCAAAUAAUGACUGGAAAGUUUAAAAGUUAAAUAGUAUCAUCUUUAUUUGUGAAUAAUAUAAAAUUGUUAUCGAAGUCAUAAAUUUCAUAGUGUAUACAUAUAGUGUGUACAAUUUGCUAAAAGAGACGGAACUCGUGUAAUUAAAUAAAUCACAUGGAACGGAACUAGUAUAUCUUUAAAUUCAAAUUUUACGUUCAGGACAACUGUUCCUAAACCAGAUCUGUCCCGUUCCAAUCUGAAAAAUGUUUGGAAACGCGGUUAACCGAACUUCGCCUCAAAACGGUUUUUCGUAUCGGUUUGUGUCAAUAAUUUAAUCGUUGCGUGUGGAUAUUAUAAUUAAAUUGCCACUCUGUACACGUGUAUGCGAGUCUUACAAUCCCGUAUUCCCACCCAUCGUAAUGUGCUCUCUUCUUUUCUUUUUUUUUUUCUGUUUAAUCAACAGCUGUAGAAAACCGCCGUUUCAUCGACCGAGUCGAAAAUAUCGUAUUAUUCGUCGACGAGACGUUUAAAAUCGGGACAGCGCGUGUUCGAUCGUCAUCGUCACAAGAUGAUUUUUUUUUUUUUAAUCUCAUACAUUUGUACAACAUCACGUUUAUUAGUGAGUAUAUAGUCGGCCGCAUAAACACUGCGCACCGGAUGGUUUCCCGUCGCCCGCCGCUUAAUAAUACUUAUGGCGAAAAAUCCGCCGAGAGACGAAUCGCGAGAGCGGAAAUUCCGGACGACCCGCUAAACUGAUUCUGCGCACACCGUCAUUUGUAUCGAGUCUUGUAUGUAUUUAUUUUUUUCCCGACGCUUUUAAUUGGACCAGCGCGUAUAACGGUUUUAAAUUGACGGUUCGUUAAUAGUAAUGAUAAUUGCAUAGUAAAUGACCGAUUAUAAAAUUCUUAACUGCCGGUCAGCUGGGUUAGGCGGCUAUACAUUUGUUUUUUUCGUCCGUCCGGACCGGGGGAACCGGAGAAAUCGAACACCGCAAAAAGUCCGAAAUUCGAACGCGAGCUUGUAUUUAAAAAUCGCAAUUCAAAACGCCGGCUUCGGUUGGAUGACGACGUUGUCGGACGACCCAGUAAUUUUGAUGUUUUCGUACCGACCGCGGCGAACCUGCGAAAUUUGCUCGUUCGUCGCCUGGCAGCCGUCACGAUGUUAUAGGUUUUUCAAAUGUCCGUGCUCGCAAAGAAAUUAAUAUACGUUACGUAUUGCGUAUUACUAUUCCGUUUUGUUUGAAUCGUGUACGCACUGCAGUGGCGGUUAUACGCGAUGUCCAGGGGGAGGGAGACGAAAUUAAAGCCAACCGUCCAUCGCCCCGUCACAUUGUAUACGUACAACGUGAAAUAUGCAUACGGAUUAUUGGUAUAAUAAUGUUUUGUACAUUAAUAGCGCGCUUUAAAUAUACUAAUGUAUAUUAAAAGAAUGAUAUACGUAAUUUGUGUGUAAAAUGACUCGUCCCCUGACUGAUUCGCCAUCGCCCAGCCCAAAACCGCUGGACGGAUCGGGCUGAAAUUUGGCACGCAGACGGCUAUUGUGACGCGGGCGUCGGCUAAGAGAGGAUUUUUGAAAAUUCAACCUCUAAGUGGGUAAAAUAGGGGUUUUUAGGUAUACUCGGUAUGAAUAUCUAAUUGCGCAUUAAUUUAUUUAUUUUUGUUUGUUCAAGGGUUACCUUGGUUAUACGGAUGAUGAUUUGGUUGUCACGGAUAGGAAAACUAUUAAGAUUAUUUUUAUUACUAUUAUUAACACUGUUAAAAUUUCACGAUAAAACACUUUUAGUCCAGUCGAAGGUGGACCGACCCGCUUUCCACCGAAAUGCUUUCAUUCAAUUUUGACACGGUCAAAACCGAAAACUAAUAUGAAUAUUUUCUUUUUUUACUCAAACCUAUAUAAAUUGGCACGGAACAGCUACAGUGUACUAUAAACGUGUUGACUUAUAGUUCGUUCGUUAUCAUAUAAUAAUUAUAAUAAAAGCAUGUGUGCCUUUUUUUUUUUUUUUUGCUUACAAAAGCGUAUAAUAAUAUUAUCAAUAUUAAUAUUUAAGUCCUUAUGGAUAUCGAUCUUCGCUAAUUGUUGACCUAAAUCGUGUCUACGAUCUAAAUAAAUAAAGUAAAUCACAUGCAUAGUAGCAAUAUAUAGCGUUGAAACAUUACCCGAGAUGACAGCAGUCUCUAUCAUUUGAUAGCAAAUAUUGUGGAUCGCACUAUCGCCACGGCCCACGGUAAUAGAUAAACUAUUUAUUGAACUGUAUUGUUUACCCAUCUCCGUGUGUAUCCACUGAUUUCUAUACCGCGUUAGUAUAGAAGUCUGUGUGCUUAUUGCAUAUACUAAUCACAGUACAUAGACAACAGAAAAAACCCACGGCCCGCAGAUACGCAGAACACAUUUUUCUACUUAAUAUCUGUGCCACGGAAUUAAUAUAACAUACUGUCCGUGAUUAAAAGGUAAAACACGAUCAAGGAAAUUGUAAAUAUUUUUCCGUCGAAUGAUUAAAAUCGAAAAUUUACAGAUAGGUAUUGUCGGGCCAGCGAUACACUAAAUUUAAAAAAAUCAAAUCCCAAAGGGGGAGCGAUCCACCUAUCGCCCUCCUCCCCCUCCAUUAUAACCGCCACUGACACUAGUGUGGUCUUUGAACUUUGGAAAUUUGUUGAUUAUACAACCUAGAUUUGUUUGAAUACACUUAAAAGUGAAGUACUUGAACAAAGUUAUAGAAUAAAAAUUACGCAAAAUGUUCUUUCAAACGAGUUUUAUACUCUUAUAGUUUUUCGAUGAAAUUGUUGUUACUCGCGUUGUGCUUGAAAAACGCAUAAAAUUAUGUCGUUUUCUACAAUUCUAUACAACUUCUGCCCUAAAAGACGGCGGCAUUAAUAACCGUACCUUAGAGACGACUAAAACCUCGCGUGCGCCGUCUUGAAAGUCGGAAAUCCGUCGGCGGACUGCUCAAUCACGCGCGUGACGGCGGACACGCGGACGUACGGACGCGGAGAGUGCAUCACGAAACGCAAUAAUAAUUCUGUCGCUACGCGUUUCCGCGCGACAAUCGUUUUCCUCGAGACGCCCGGCGCCGGAGACGGUAAGGCUGAAGUCGGCGCCGGGCGACUGCGGCACCGCUCCGUCGUCGGGUCCCGCGAUUUCCCGUCCGUCGCCGCCCGGGGCCCGUCAAUAAUAACGUCGAACGCCGCGACCGCGGUACGUACGGUAACGACGUUAACGGCGUUCGGUCGGGCAACGAUAACGUCUCCCAGUUCCCGAACGAUACGGCGUUGCCGCGAUGGCAACGGCGCCGGUGCCCGCAGUCGGCCGGUCGGGCCGACGUCGCGUAGCCCGCAGCCGUUUGAACGUUCCGCGAUGUAAAAACCGCGUUCGAGUAUACCGGUAAUAGUUGUACGACGGGUACGCGCGGGAGUUAAUCGUUAUCGUCUCGUUCCGUAGUCCGCGUAAAGCACAGGCGUACGGGCCCGUGGCCGUCGUGCGGGGUGUGCCCGGACGCGCGACGGCUAUACGGCAUCCGACUAUCGUCGCACGCCGCACGAUAAAUUGCCGAGCGAAGCUGCGCGCGGCAUCGCGGGUUUUGCCGGUUCCCGGCGUCCGCCGUUACAACAAUUGCAGUUGUCCGUCGCACCCUUACCGCCCUCGGCUUUUCGAGACCGAAAUUUGACGCGACGCGACCGCAACAGUUUUCGAACGCAAACGAAUCGAAAAUCGCCGAGGAACCGCCGUCGCGAACAACCGUUCUGAAUGAUUCGACCGUUAUUGCGACGAAACGAAAAACGCCGGACGUUUCGGCAAAUCAAGUCCAUCGCGUAUUACAGUGACUCGGACGUUUCGACGUUCCGGCGUACGACUCGCGUCCGAAUAUUUAUGCGAGCGCUACUAGUACGAGCCGCCGAGAGUCGGCGGUCGCAAAUUGCCGGUAAACCGUUUUGGUACGGUUGCGAUAUUCAUGGCGACCGGUGACCGUUUGACUCGCACGGAUGGCAUACCCCCUCAUUAUUGUCGCGAAACAAUGACGAGAAAUAACAAGGAGAGACUCGUACCGUACGACCGACGGCGACUCGAACGGCUGCGGUAAUAAUGACAACGCGCGUCCCAGACGCCGCGCCGCCGGUUCCGGUUUUCGCAGGGAACCGAUAGUCACCGGUUGCGCUAUCGACGGAUUCGUGGUGUAAGCGUGUUGUAUUAUGCGCGGCCGCCGUGUCGUUCGGACCGAAAAACAAAGGGGAGACGGCGAUGGGAUAGAUGGGAUAGAUGGGAAACGUCGAAAAUCCGCUCGAGCCCCUCUCCGCCCGGGGACCGAAGCGACAUUAACAGAAACGCGCUGUGCACAACGGUGGCGGUACGCGCGUACGGCCGCCGCGAUAAUAUAAUUAUUUAUCUCACGUAUAUCAUUGCAGCAGCCGCCGUAACGACGACGACGACGACGACGUCGGACGUACCCGGACUGCUAAAAUUCGUUUUGGCCCGGUUUCGCGGGUAAUUUGUCCUUGUCAAUUAUCAGAGAGAGAGAGAGAGAGAGAGAGAGAGAGACGGUAUUUCGAAUUUAAUAAUAAUUAUUUUUAUAUUCGAUUAACUGCGCCGGUCGGACCGUAUACUACUAACGGCCGGCCGGCAACACCGGGUACCGCAGUCGUCGCGCGUUGCGAUGCCCGCAACGUCGUGUUAUUAUUGUCAAUGUCGUACGGUCGAACGUUACACAUAUUGUACAGGGUGCGCCUGUCCGCGGGAUGCGAGAUAAUUAUCGCCCGUUGCGCGCAUACACGGAAAAGCGAUCGUCGGGCGGCCCCGCCGGCGCAAUAUUGCAGAGCGACGGCUGGCCGAAGGGCCGAAAGUCCGUCUGGUUUUGACGGUUUGCCGUCGUAAAUAAUUUUAUCCGGGCCCGCGAAUGCGCCAAAAACCGUCGGCGCACGUGGCGCGCUGAAUAGCGAAGAAAAUUUAAAAAGUACCGGGUAUAACCUGUCGGUGAAACUUCCCCGGGAUGGGUUUAUUAACUUCAACCGAACUUUUAACGACGAUAACAUCGCGUUUUCGCGUGAAUAUUCCCGUUUCCCGAAGUUUUUUUCGCAAUUCGCAAGAAAACUACGAGGAAAAAAAAAUAAACGACCUCGUCAGUGAUGACUUUCGCUGUCGAUAACCAUCCCUGAAGUUCGCACUGUGAUCAGAACAAGAUUUCUGGUAUUACGGUGGUGUACACGCAAAACAAAAAUCGCACGUUAUAACGAAACCCGAUAUUUUACAGGAGUCGGAAUGUUGUCAAUAAUGUCACAAUAUACUCUUGUGAAUCAUUUUUUUUUUUUUUCCUACUUUUUUGACGUUUCGAUACACGGAUCUUCGUGUCUAAUAACUUAUCCGUUUCCCGUUACAGGAAUGAAAAACUUGGGGAAAUCGUCUUUGUGGACCGCGUUGUUACUGUUGAUGUGGAUCGAGAACGCCAAUGUUACCGGUGCUGACGACGGACACCCCAAAGACGGCCGCGCCGACGACGGCUCGUCGAGCGUGCCGCACUCCCGGCAAAAACGUCUGCUGUGGAUCACCACUGACGGCCGGCUGGCCCUGCCGCCCGGCACCAGGCUGACCAUAACGCCGUCGCUGUCCCUGCCGUUCGUCAGGUACCCCCCGGACGGGUUCCUGUCCAACAUGUCCAUCAGCUUGCCAUUCACGAGUGAGUGUAGACAAUUUUUACAAUUUAUAAAAAAAAAAAAAAUUUGAAAAUUACCUCGAAAAACACUUUAUAUUUUUAAAGUAAAAAUACGCUUCAGAUCGCACCUCGAAAUUUUUCGUGACGACGGACCGGGUGCUUCAGAAUUUCACCGAGAUUACUCGUCGUGUUUCAAUUUCGGACUCUCGAUAAGAGAUGAAAUUGUCUAUUGAAUAAAUUCUCUGCAAUGACGGUCCGCGUGAAACGUCCAAAACAUUAUAACAACGCAACGAGAUUUUUUUUUUUUUACGUUUUUACUGCUGCACUAGAAGCACGGAUGUACUAAACCCGCUAUUGUUAUUAUAUACAGGGAGAUUAUGUUUUCACGAUCCAUUAUUGCAUUUAUCGUGAUCAAUUAUUUGAUUCGCUUCGCCGUACGUUCUCUCGGUCUAAACGCUAUACUCCAAUAUAAAUAUUUUUAAAAAGCAAGCAGAACUCAUAUAGUUACCUGAUAAUAGAACCUCUCGAGAAAAUCACUGGACAUCGACAAAAUGAUCGCUCUGUAUACAGCUAACUGAACUUAAUUAAAUCUUACCAUUCUUAUACCUUUAUAAUAAUAUUGGCUAGUGUACCCAGUGCCCGCGCAUUGAAACCCAAUGAAAACGCAUUCACGCCGCCUGGAAAAUUACAUACGCACGUAGGUACCGUGAAUUAUGUGCAAUUUUAUAAUAAAUGUAUACACACACUGCGGGUACUAUUACUACACACGCGGUCGAAAAAUCCAAUUAUUAUAGAAAUGCUUACGCCGUUCCUUUAUAACAAAUGCGCGUCUAUAAACGAUGGGAGAGGCAUGAUGAUGUACACACGCCAAUACGCCAUCAUCGUUAAACCGAGACGGAACGCUUAUUUUUUAAUAUAAUAAAAAGUCUAACAUGAUAUUAUUAUGAUACCACGUGCGCGCACGCGGUCUGCGUGUAUACUUCAGUGGUUCCAAACCGCUGCAGAAAUGCUCGAAAUUGAUGUUUAAUACAUUUUUACGGAAAUUUUACAUUCCUAGCGCUUCUAUUCAUAGUGUAUCGUCGUGACUAAUCCAUAAGAACGAUUCCCUUUACGAGCAAAAGAUUGUUUGCAAAAUUUCCACUAGCUGUGCUCUAGAUCUGUACAUUCGGGUGUAGCAUUUCCUGUAAAAACCCGAAGCAUAAGGGGCGAAUAAUCUUUAAUACGAACGCAAUACGCGUUCAAAAUUGCAGCAUCCCGCUAAAUUCAUUCGGGACGCGCUAUUUUGGGGCGAGCUAUACUUCAAAAAGCCACCUUUCCAGCGGCGCAACUAGAGUUCAAAUCUUUGGAGUAAGAUUUUUUGGGGUACUAAAAUCGUGAAACUCGCAUAGCCGUGAGAGGCUCCGCCCCCACACACCCCAGCAUAAUGCGUUCAAUAAUUUCAACACGUUCAUUGUGUAUUAUUAAAUUCGUCUAAAUAAUUUUCAUGUCGGUGGAAGCAAAAUUGUUCAAUAUUUCUUCGGGAUUAAUUUCAUUCGUUAAGUCUAAUUCAACGAUAAUGAUACUCGAGUUGGUAAACCAUUGUUAUAUUACGCUACUUCUCGGCCAAUUAUUUUAAUUUCCGUACGUUGCUGAACUGACCGGAAUGGUCUGACGCAGACCGUAUUAGUUUGUAGAGAUUUGAAAAAAAAAAAAAAAAAAAACGUUGCUUAAUAUCUGAUACUCUGAUCAUAAAUUCUCGAAAAUAAAACUACGUAGUAAAAACUAUAGGUUUUCGAAACUACAACGACAUGGAAUCCAUGGGGGUGAUUGAUUAAAAAAAAAAUCGUCUGCCGCCCCCCUGUCGUCUAGUACUCUAGUGCAAUAUGUAAUAUCAUAAGUUUUAAAAACGUUUUUCGCCAGUUUUAUUCGAAAAUAUUUUACUCAGAGCAUCUGAAAUUCCGGCUCCGCCACGUAGGUAUAAAUCGAUUUAUAUCAGUGUAUACAUAUAUUGAUAUUGUUAGUGUUUAGUGCAUUCGUUUUAUACACUUGCGUUCGUGUAUGCGCCACGCGGCAACACACGUUCUCCUCGUUGAAUUAAGCCGUGUUAGCCGCGCGGCCACGGGGGAGGCGAGUCUAAUUACCGUACACGUGCGGUUCGCAUUGCGUCUAUUCGGACUCGGGACAAUAAAAAUAAUAAUAACGUAAUCGCGCGCACAAUACGCCUAAUACGAUUUGCAUUAAAAAAUAUGAUUUUUAGUUUUUACUUUUGACAUUUCGCCGUUUCCGCGUGUUUGCUCGCUCGUCUUCUAUACGAGACAACGGGCCAAUGAGAAAAAAAAUAAUAAUAAUAAUAAUAAGAAAAAAAAAAACGAUUUCCGAGAGAGAUAAUUUUUCGGCGCGUUCAAAGACAAUACCCGCCGCACGUACUUAAUAGAAUCGUCGUGCCCGCGAUGUUUUCUAGGCCAAUAUUAUUUCAUUAGGGACUUUUACGGCGCGCACGCCACACCUGUUUCUGUGCCCACUUACGUGCGUAUAGUACGUAUAUAGGCGAACGUAAUAAAUCAACCGCGCGGAUUUAUUAGACGUUUAAAAAGUUCGCCGAACCUCCCGAAUUGGAACGAUCGCGAACCGCGUACACGUGGCGAAAUUUACGGGGCCGUGAAAUGUGCGCUUUUAUCGCCCGACAUGUAUAAUAUUAUUUGUGAUGCAGAACAAUACAGCAUGAUAGUAAUCGUUCGACAAAUUCGAAUUCGGCGCUAACAAUGUGCCGAGCAGCGGCCAAAUAUGCCAGGCGUGACAGCGUUACGACGUGUUUCGGUUGUAAACUGCGCACACAGGGACGUGGCAAGAGGUUAGGGGAGCGGCGCCUACGUCCCGGGCGGGAUACGCGGAUAGGCGCGAAAAUACCCUUAAAACAUAAACCUAAACAUUUUUUUUUUUCACGUAAAAAGAAAUCAAUAAACAAAAUAUUUGCAAUUUAGGACAUCCGAUAUAAUCUAGUGUGUUGCGGAGGAUAAUCAAAACACUCGUUCGAUUGUAGUCCGUGAAAAUCGUUUGACGUUUGACUAAAUAGAGUUCGCAAAAGCGCAUUUCAAAUUUCGCACCCGGUGCAGUAUUCGAUUUUAAUAUUAAUAUUUAACCUACGGAAUAAUUGAAAUUUCGCGGACAAAGAACUGAACUCAACUGAUUGUAUCGGUUAAAAUAAAAUCACUGUCAGCGGGUGGCCAUUGAACCUGCGUUUCAUAAAUUCGCCAUCAAAUACCUAAUACUUAUUUUAGCCAUGGUAGUGACAAUUUUAUUUUUUUUUUAGCUCUUCAUAAAUCGCAGCAAUCUUGUUAGUAUCAAUAGAAUAAAUUACCUACGUUGUAUAAUUACUAUAUAAAUAAAAAUACUCGUAAUUUGUAUAUAUAUAUAUGUAUUUGGUCAACCAUGGCUGAAAUCGGAUUUUAGAAUUUUCUUUUUUUUUAAUAAUUUUGUUUAUGUAAUUUUUCUCCUAAUUCGUUUGGUCUAAAUGGCAUAAGUACCUAUACAUAUAAAAAUAUCCUGAGUCACUAUGAUAUACUUUUAUUUUGCCAAAAAAUCAUCUAACCAUAAAAACAUAUAAUUAUGUCCUUUUUAAUGCAUUUAUGGUAUUUUCAACAAUUGAUGAGUUUUUGCCUGUGACUUUUGGCAAAUUUUCUAUUUUAUGAAAAUAAACGUAGAAGGAAAGAGAGAGAGAGAGAGAAAAAGAUCGAAAAAGUAAUGAUUUGAUGCGACUAAGAAUGAUAUGAAGACGGCCGUUUUAUACGAGACGGGAGAUCGGGUUAAGUGAAAGUUUAGAACUAAGGUGGCCCCUACUCCAAGUGAUUGAAACGAAGGCGAAGAAGAAGAAGAUCUAUUACAUAUAAGAUAUAUAUUUUAUUUGUUUUGCCCAUUUAUCGGUGAUUUAAAUGUUGUUUUAUGGAUUGUUGAUAACAAUUUGUAAAAAGAGAAAAAAUUGCUCACGCGUUUUGUUUUUGUUUUCUAUACGUGCAGUCGACUUUGACGCUCUGGGACUGACCGACAAUCAGAAUCCAUUUGGAGCCUUCCCGCCAAUAUUGGCCCGGAGUAUGGGCAAUCAGAUGGGCUCGAUGCUCGCCAACUACGUGGCUCAGCUAAUCGGCGGCCGGAGAUCGACCAGGUCCGUGCCCACGUUACCCAAACCGAUACACUCAUACUUCCAAGGAGGCGAAAGGUAAUUUUUUUUUUUUAUUGUCCCUUAUAAUAAUUAUUAUAAUUUUGUAAACUACUAACUAGCUGUUCGGCACGUGAGCAGUAUUGAACGUGUAUCCCCGUGAAUUUUCGUUGUUUCCACCCGGUACCUACGGCAGUAAUUGACCGUUGUUUACCAGCACUCAAUUUAUUAUUUGUUUUUUUUUUUUUUAUCCGUGUCGCCAAAGUAAAUCAAUAACAAUUAUUCGAUUUUCGUACCGAAAAUACCGAUAACCCCCUGUUAGCCUCCAAUCAAACCAAAAACACGUUUAAUACGGAGGGGAAAAUUAGCCUAAAUACCAUUCCUGAUUUCCAACUAUAUCUAUGCAAAGUUCUCGCUCAAUCCGUUCAACAGUUCUGGCACAUGAAACGGUAACAUUGAACAUUCGUCCGCCCAAACAAAAUUUGGCAUUCAUAAUCUAUUGAUACGAUACGAAUACGAAUUUUUGCUAUUCCGCGUGACGUCGUUUUUAUAUCGCUAAAACGAUUCGAAACUACAAUUUUCUGUGUUCGAUGUGUUAGUCGUAAUAUUACAUAUAAGUAGCCCGGCUGCCAGAUAGGUAAUGUGUAAAUAACUGUCUGAAAUCGAAAUUAUUAUUAAUUUUUUAUUAACUUAUAAUGUCGCGGCUACAAUAAUAUCAAUGUAACGCUAAAUUUGAUAUUUAUUAAAUUUUUUCAAACGUGCUAGAACCCCUGAUAUUCUGCACUGUUUUUUUAAUAUCCAACUGCGAAUCACGGGAGAAAUUACGCGAUUUACAUAAAAAAAAAAAAAAAACUUUAUAAAUUCGGUUCGGUGCACGUACGUAUUUUGUUGGGAUGAUUUGUUGCGAUAAUUCGCAUACAAAGUCGCGGGUUGGUUUACAGUGAAUUUUAAAACGAUAUACUUAACGAAAACUUAACGAGUUUUCGCCGCUGCCACGGCAAUAGUCUGAAACUGAUGAAACUUUUGAUUUAUAUACCGGAAACGGAAUAUUAAUAAUAAUAAGGUUACGCGCGACUUAGCAAUUUCUUAUCAGUUUUGACUCACGAUUUAUACGCGUAAACGUUUAAUAAUAUUGUAACGAUACAGGGCUCGCGUCUGCGGUUCGUGGCCGCGGAAUAUUUGCCCCCACGGCCGCCCCCGAAAUCCUGAGACUUGCAAAACUUAACUACGUGAACACUGUGCACGAUCAGUGGCGUAGCAAACCGUCGUUUUCGGAAGCGGCUGCAGGACGGUUACAGACGGGACGCAUUGCCAAACGUAUAACGACAUUACGACGUAGCUAUUGCGUGACAGCUAUAUGGGUAUUGUGAAAAUUGCAGCUGGAUCGGGGCGGGCAGUGGUUGGAAAAAACAAAAAAAAAACAAAAACAAGAACGAUCCGAUUCUCCAUACCUAAUUCAUAUUUGGCGACGCCACUGCGCACGAUCAUCAAUAAAUUUCCCAUCGGUGUAAAAUAACACGCGCGUAAUACAAUAUGACGUAUUUUAAUGUUAAGAAAACGCGCGUAAAAAAAAAAAAAAAAAAAAAAAAAAAAACAAGAAAAAUCAUUAAGUAAAAAUAUGUAAAACGACGGGGCGUGCGCGACGCGAGGUAACGUGUAAGUUUCGCAGUCGGUGCGAAUUUUAUCGGACUUGCCGCGAGGCGGUUCGCAAAUCACAAUUUUACUUUGAAACUUGUGAAAUUACUACGGUACCGGAGUUUCGCCCGCGCGUAUACAUGCGCACGUUUUUUUUUUUUAUAUUUUAGAACUUCAAUGGGCGGUCGAUGUAAAAUUACGUAAUACGAUAACAUUUCAAGUAGACUUAACGCCGAGGAGGAAUAAUUAUUCCCCGAUAUCAUACCGCAUUGCGUUGUGCGUUUGUAUAGUAAUAAAACGACGGGCACACCCCGGCAAACGGUAAAUCAUAUUAUUCGAACUCCAAAACGGAUGUUGCGUUCUAAUCGGAUGUCCGGCCAACGAGCGCCGAUAAUACGGCGAAAUUACUGUGUACUCGUUCGUACGCGAAUCGUCACGGGGUUCGCGGGUACAACCAGUGGAUAGAGGAGGGCGGGGGGGUGGGGGGGGGGGUUUCGCUCGGGGAACUUUAGCAGUCCCGAGUUUGAAAUUCGCCCUUUUGCGAAAACCCCCGAUAAGCCGUUUUGCGGUGUACACCGAUAUGGAUAUGUUGUCCGCAACGUAUUAAUAAGCGGAACAAAAUGCGGAUCGCCUGCGGACUGUGCAACGCGUGCGGUGCGUUUAAAAUAUUAAAUUAAAAAAGUUAUAGUACACGAUGGCGCGGCGCGUUUCAGAUACACGUAUUAUAAUUCGGUUCGCGAAACAAUUGCGGCCAAAGCGAAACUAUCAUUUUACGUUUUUAAUUUUUACCGUUUUUUUUAAAUUUUUUUUUUUUUUUUUUAGUCGUUUCGAGAGUAAACUCGAGUAGAGAGAUUGUCACAACGAUAAUAUCGACUCGAAAAAUUUCGUUUCCGUACCGAAUAAUAUUCGCCUGAAUGGUUUCGGUUAUUUUCCGUCCUCACUCAGUGGUGGCGUGUCGAAGUAGGUUUUUUUCGAGGCGAUUGUCUCGCGACUAAAGUGGACGGGUGGACGGAUGACCAAACAUGUUGAACGAGGAUCAAGCCUGACUGGUUCAGGGAUCAGAGACACCUUUCAGUCGUGCGUAUUACAACGCUAUUGAUAUAUAUACUUACUUGCGAAUAUGUUAGCCUGGUAUAUUGCGCGGUCAACGUGGCUAAAUAAAAUGUGCGCUUUAAUUGUCGCUCGUAGGACAUAUAAAAAAAACCAUUUUUUGAGUGAGCGUGCGCUAAUUUUUUUUGUGUUGCCCCCCCCCGAGUACGGAGAACGUUGAACACGCUGUGCUGUCCUAGCCGACGUUAAUAGCCGACCGUGUUUUUUUUUUUUUUUUCGUUUGUUUGGGUUUCGAGAAAAACGUUACGGGACGGGUGCAGGACAUAACACGCGAAAUCACGGCCGCAGCGAGCCCGAGAACAACGCGAUACCGUUCCGUACGUGCCCGCGCGCCGGACAAAUCGACAUUCCGGUUGGAUUUCCGACGGCGCGGUGACUCGGAGGGGAAAAAUUCGCUCGGAACAGUAUGGGUGACAAAUUGCGUGAUGAUCGCGCGGACGACUUUUCGCCGUUGUCGUGCCACUUUUUCGGCCGCCGUGCCGUUGUUACGACGACGAAACGUCGUGUUUCCGCGACGACGUUUCUCACGGCCGCACGCGUAAGCGCACACGAAAUAAUAAUAACAAAAACCGCGGCCCAACCUAACGAUUCGGUUGACCGACAUUGUAACACGCUCGACGGCGCGAUCGUACCGCAAUGCGGCGGAUCGCGUUGAAUUGAUAUUCCGAGACGGUCGCGGCGCCGCGGCUCUCCUCCGCGGCGACGGGUCCGUUCAAGUUCACGAGCGCGAAACGGACGGCCGCUGAACGGAACGGUUGCGAUCGCGGCCGCGCGGGCGUUGGUAAACACGGCGCGAGACCCGUUCGCCGGGCGACCGCGGGUGACGGGGGCCGGCGCGCCGCUGGCGAAGGGGCCCGGGGGAAACGAGGAGCGGCCGAUGAGAAACGAAAACGCGGAACGGAAUGACCCGAACGAGAACUCGACGCGCCGAGUAUCGUUUUCGGACGGUAACGGCCGUCAACGACAACUCGACAAUCGCGCGCGUCGUUAUUAUUGUUGUUAUUAUUAAUAGGCGCGCGGCCAACGGCGGACGUUGUGCGCUCGCGUCCGCCGUCCGCCGGCGGUAACACGCGAAAACAACGUGAGCGCGGAACGAGUAACGCGCCCGGCGCAAUUUCGAUUCUACAAUCGCAGUUUACCCGUUAUGGAAUCUGCAGAGAACACCGUUUCGGGGUGGGGCGACGUCACAGGGUUCUCGUGCUGUUUUCGAAUAGUGACCGUACAUUUCGUUCGACGUACAGCUCGAUAUUAUAAUAGAUGCAGAAAACCGUUUUUUUUUUUUUUUUUUUUUUUUUUCAAAUAACCGUCACUUUUUCAACGGUUCAUAAUUCAAAAAAACACACACACGACCAUCGCGCCGAAAUAUUUUCCUCCGUAAAUUUCUGUAAUAGGUACUUUGUUUACGCUAAAAUCAAAAACGAGAUGGUUUUACUCGUGUUCCGCGCGAGCGCCGUUUCUGCGCGUCACCCGGUAGUCGGACCGAGACGCAGUAGAAGCGUCCCUCUUAAGAAAGAAAAAAAAAAAUGUCGAGCGCGGAUUUUUUUUUUUCGCGCGAUAAUUACAAUUUUUAUUGAAACGCGAAAACAUCGUACGCGGUGUUGUAUAGGUACACCGGUUUCGAGUGUCGGUGGUGCCGUCCCCCGUGAAUGGAUUUUCAAUCGGACUGUAUAAGAAUCGCGAAACCGUUUUCUCUACACAACCCGACCGCGCGGGUAGUUCGUAGUUUAACAGGCCGGAUCUGAACAAAAGCCAAUUUCUAAUCGAUACAUCGACAUUUUACUCGGGAUUUUUGCCGAAUACACGCGUUUCGACAUUAGUUUACACGCGUACGUUUUUUUUUUUUUUUUUUUUUUAAAAGCCAAUCAGGAGGGGGGUAUAUAUACGUUAACCACCCCCACCCCCCACCCCUUGCGUAAGUAAGUCAUCGGGUAUAUAGGCGGCGUUCAAAAGUACAAUAAAAUUAUAACUAUAUAUACACUGGCGUUCGCCACCGAUAUUUAUAAAACGAUUACGGCGCGACGCGUUUCAUAGAAGUUUAGAUUGCGUUUAGACACGUGUGCGGUGCUUUUUUCGCCCCGCCUGUCUGUGAACACGUUCGCGGUCGGAACGACUGGUAAUUUGUUCCGGUCCGAGAUGCGAACACUAUUAGCAAAUCCGCCCGGCCAACAAAUUUUCACGCCGAAUAAACCGGGCGCCUCCUGUAAUACGGGUUCAAGAACGAGGGCGAUUAAAUAAAUAGCGCGCUCGGUUUACCUACGCGGCCAAAAGUCACGCGUGCUCGCGAAACGUGGUCUACGUGUCGAGAAGACAAGGAAAAACCGCUCGUCUUUGAGAGAACGGCGCAUGGGAAAAUGCACGGGCCCGUCGGAGAAAUCGCCGUAGAACACGAGAAGGGACGCAAAACGUAGGAAUUCGGAAGCGCUGCGAAGAACCCGAAGUUAUCGCAGAGUUUUAAACUCCGAGUGGCUACGGGACGGAGCGACCGUGUACGGCGAGCCGAGAGAAGUUUGACAUUCGAAAUGCACGGGUCGAUAAGCAAACCGGUAAACGCCCGGGGAUUUUUUCCCGGGAACGACGGCCGAGACGUAAUAAAAAUGGCGAACAACAAUAUUGAUCCUGGUCGGCUCAAUGAAUCGCGUUAUGGGUGUAGAGGAUCGGUGGAAUCUGCGGUACCUAAAUGGCCAGCGAAAUAUUAAAAAAAAACAAACAGCAGGCUACAUCAAUGUUACGCGGCGGAAUUGUCACGAAAGAAAAAUCUCCGCUCCAUUCGAAAUUGCAUAGCGUAACCAGUCUGACAUCGCGUGAAAGUUCGAAUGGCUUGCGAACAGCACAGUGGUCGUAAUAAUGGCCAUCCGCGGAGGAAAAAAAAACAAAAUCAAAAACUUGCUUUUUGAAACCGCUGACAGUUUCAAAACCAUUUUGCAGUAACCGAUUAACAAUCAAUACAAUUUCCAAUGGGAAUUUGUCAAAAAAAAAAAUAAUAAUAAUAAUAUGUUUAACCGAACUACAAUAAUAAUCGUAUUCCGUUUUCAAAUCAUUUCGCGUUCAGAAUUUACACCCGAUAUCCCGUUGCAUUGUACGAACAGAAUAAUAAAACCAUUUUUUUUUUUCAGAGCUCUAUUGUACACUGUCGUCGAAGACCUGUUAACAAACUUCGGAAUGGACGGCAAAGCGUGCCUGCUGCGAGCCAUAUGCGAAGUACACGGACACAAAGCCAUUCAUAAAUUCGGUUUUAUCGGCGAAUUUCUGCAGUUGUUCCUGACGUAAGUACCCAAUGCCCAUUCGCGGGCAUUGCGUGUUUUCGAUAUUUCAAUUUGUACACAAACAAUCGUCGGACCGCGCGUAUACCAUCAUGGGGACCUCGAUACGUGCGUGGGCACUUGAAAAUCGCGUCGGUUUAUCGCCGCGGCGAAUACGUACCACGAGUGAAACGGUUCGCCGCGGUACUCUUGUAUUACGGCGAAUUUCCGGUCGGACGGCCCCCGACCUCUCACAUCGGUGCAACGCGUUAUUCUCGCGUUACGCAAGAGUUUUUUUUUUUUUUUUUUGUAAAAAGUCGAAACGUCCCGCAGGACGUACAGGACGUAACAGUUUCGUUAUCAAUUGUUAUUCUCGUAUACAAUGUGCGCACCGGGCGGGGAAACCCGUCGGUCCGCCGCCGUCGUCGCGCCGAAACUGUUUGGACAGACGGAACGAGAUCGGAAUAUUCCAAUAAAAUAUUUUGUUUCGUUAUUGUUUUGAUUAAAUUCGACGCGAUUAGAGGCCGUCGCGUAAAAUGUAAACCGAUUCGUAGGUUUUUCUCGUUUUUUUAUUAUAUAUGUAUUUUAAUCGCUUUUUACAAUCGCUAGGUAUACGUAGUAUCAAACGAAAUCGUGUGCCAAACCGGAAAUGCCGUCCGUGGCCUGCAACUAUACGAUAACUACACACACGCGCGCGCAUAAUACCUACACGGCGAGUAUUAUACACACAACAUACGCGCUCGGCUACAAACGUCCGGUAUUAUUACGGACGCUAAACGGACUAAAUAACUGCUGUUACCUAUAAUACUUACCGAAAGUGUGUCAAAUCGUAUGCGUACGAUUAAUAUUAUUGCAAGUCCGACUCUGUUAUAGCCGCGAAAAACGAAAAAAAAAAAAAAAAACUCCGGGUAGGUGCAUAUUUUAAACUCUGCUGCAGUGUGUGUUACCCGAGUAAUAUUAUGCACGUCGCCUGCAAACGGUCGAAUGAUGUUAUGUUUCUACGCGCGGGUGUGUGUGUGUGUGUGUGUGUGUGUGUGUGUGUGUGCGUGUGUGUGUACGUUAUUGUCGAAAGAGAAGAGAAAAAUAACAAGCCAAACAGGACACGAGUACACAGCAGUUUGGCUGCUGUACUGCGGCGGAGAGACCACGCGACGGGGACGACGUUCGGUUCAUUUCGCCCGUGUCGUACUGCGCACUCCGUAUUAUCACUAUGAGAAUAUUCAAUGCGAAUUGCAAUGAUAAAACAUUACGUUCUGAAAAACGAAUCUCGCGCCGGAAUAUCAUUUAUAUUAUUACGGUUACGGGGGAAGGGGGUUGUUGUUUUUCUUUUCUUUUGUCCACCGUCACAAACGAAACCGUGCAAAUAAAAAAAAAACGCAUUACGAGUAAAGAUGUCCGCGAUAUCCCGCGAUUGCGUUGCGACGUUUCGUCGAUUUGUGUCGUUCAUUUAUUUAUGUUCAGCGUUCGGUGUUUUUUUUUACCCACGAAUUUUCUACAUGAAAAUAUUUUCGAAAACUUUAUUUUACUCGUGUACGUAUUCGAUUAGUUUCUGAAUUAGUAUUACAUUAAAUACCAAUCGAUCAUAAUGGAUUUUGUAAAAAUUCUACACUAAUGUUUCGUCACAAUUGCAACUAUUAUCAUUUAUUUGAAACAUUUUUCUAGAUACACGACAAUUUUUCUAAAAAUUAAAAACACAAUGAUUUAUUUUUGUUGAUUUCCUGACUAUAUACAAUAAGCUGUUUUGAUUUUUAACAUUUUUUUUUUUUUUUUUUUUUUUCGACUCAAGGCUAGAAAUUGCUUCUUUAUGGUCUCAAAGUUACCCCCAAAAAUAAUUUUAGAACUUGUUCACCGCAUAUUUAAUUUUUCCAUUUAAAUAACAAAGGAAAGUAACUAUACUUUCAACUAAAUCUCAUUUACUCACCAAGUUCGAAAGUUACGAGUUUAUUUUUAGUUUUUUCUUAAAAAUCACAAAAAAAAAUCAUAAGAUUCACGUGGAAUCAAGUUGAAUUUGACUAUUAUAAGAAUAGCUUAUUUGUAUAAAUAUAUACAAAUUUGGUUUUUAAAACUACUUUUUUAUUCAUAUUAUAAAGUUGUAUAACUCAGUGGCUGUAUUUUAGAACAAAAAUAUUCAAAUAAGGGUCAGUUAUGAAAAGACCUUGUUAUCGGUUCUUGGUUAUAGAUCAUCUUCAUAGACUAUAAGUUAAAAAUUUAAAAAAAAUCUGAAAUUUUUUAAUUUUUUAAUUGAAAAUAUCGUUACUUUCUUACUCGUGUUAUUUAAUUGGAAAAAUUAAAUACGCGUUGAACAAAUUCUAAAAAAUGUUUCUUUUUCGAGCAAAUUUGAUACCACAAGGAAGCAAUUUCCAGUCUUAGUUCAAAAAGAAAAAAAAAAUUAAAAAUCAAAACUGCCUAAUAUAUACAAUAAAAAAAAUACGCAUAGGUAAUACUCCUUACCAGUUUCCCGAGUUUCUCUCAGAAUCGUUUUCCGAUUGACCCUAUAUCCUAUACAUUUCUCGAUUUCCUACAACAAUGGAUUAUACAUGGCUCGAAAUAUGUCCGGAUUUUUCGCUCCCGGUUUAUACUUCAAUUUAGAUAUUGGUACCUGUACUGAUUUAAUGAUAUAUCGGUCAAUAAAUGAAUUAUAGUUUUACGGAAAACAGGCCUGCAGUGAAUUUAAAAUGCGACAAUAUUGUGCGAAAUCAAAUGUUUGUACACCGACAAAUUAGGGUCAGAUCCGAACGCGCGUCUUGCCUAGCUACUGCUUGAUACAAACUAAUAAAUAAAAAUAUGCAAAUGCACAUAAAUCCGGGCCCCGGAUUUAUUAUAUUGUUUCGUUUGAAACUAUUUGCGGUUGGUGCGCGCUGAAGACGGCGGAAAAUAUACGGCGACGAGGCGUAUGUAAUAUGUGUAAUAAAUUACCGCAUUACCAUAAGCUGUCCGUGAUCCUGUUGAACGGUUGUUUAUAAUAUUAUAUUGGUACAGAAGUGCGCGGGAAAUAACGAUCGACGGGGCGUCGAUAAAUUAGCAGGUUUAUACGGUCCAUAAAAAAAAAAAAAAAAUAAAUAAAAAAAAAAUCGACACCGUUAAACCGCAGUUACGAGUUACGAGUAUAUUAAGUCGAACGGCUCGGCGGCGUAUCUAAAUUACACACGGAUUCCGAACGAUUAGAAUGUGUAUUGAAUUCAUCAUUCACGUCAUUAUAGACGCAAACAUGUUUUUUGUCCGUACAGUCUUGACACGCGUGUAUUCCUAGAGAGGUUUACAAGUCGACGUUAAAAUAUCAUGUCAAUAAUUAAUUACGUUACGGCGGCGGCGGCGUGGGAAUGAAAAAGAAAAAAAAAAUGUAAAAUAACCGGACGUACUCCGCCCUAUGGGUACGCCACUCUUGCGGUGUGCGGGAAGUUUGUGUGGUACAUGGCAUGGGGUAAUUUUUACACCGAAAGCCACUGUAAAUCGUUGCAAUCAAAUAAUUAAUUCUGAACGUUCGGAAUUGGUUGUUUUAGUGUUAGUCGUGUAAAUUUCCCAUUGCGUGUAGCCACGUAGUAUAACUACCAGAAAUUAAAUAAAACCGUCGAACAGUCGUCUUGUCGUCGGUUUUUUUUAAUUUUAUAGAAAAACUGUUGGAACUCCAGACAUUUGGUUGAAAUCAACUACCGUCGCGGUACGCUGGACGAAAAAUCUGCGUGUUUUAAAACGAGACGCGAAAAAUUUGUAGCAUUUUUACUAUCCAGCCGAAGAAGUGUUUUCCGAGAAAAAAUUCUGUGUUUUUCUUACAUAGACAUUUGCACGGUAGUGCUGAUCGUGUACAGCCCAGUGUUUAUACGUUCAAAUUUGUUGUGACACAAUAAUUUUGUACAUGACUUUGCAGAAAUAAAAUGAUCGUCGGUUGCUGAGGCGAUGGUAUUUUGAUAACGAUAACCUACAGCAAUUUUAUUCAUGCGCUGCGCAAGAAGAUUUCGAGUAAAUCUGAUUUUGGUUAUCGUUCGGUACCGCGCAGAUCAAUAAUGAUUUUGUUAAAAUAAUUUCACUUAUUUUACAUUAUGAUUUAUGUUACUUAGAAAUAAUGACUCGUCGCCGUCCGCCUGUAAUAAUUAUUAAAUAAGUACAUAAUAACGUUUAAUAAUUUAAUUGACAAGGAAAUAUAAAUUAUUCGCGGUAUCGUUAUUUAUUCAAAUAUGAGUAUUAAAUAUAAAAAAAAUCGAAUACUGCGCUGGAUAGGCGUGCCACUUUUUUAUAGGAGGAUAGUUAGAAAGGAGGGCGUGCAGAGUAAUUUCAAUUAUACGCAGCGGUAAACCAUUGCUAACGAAAAAUUGUCCACAAAGUAACCCGGAAAUCGACAAAAAUUUGCCAGUUUUCAAAUUUAUUAUAGGAAAACUACAAGAAAAUGAAAAAGAUGACUUCCUGUAAAUGCACACUCCGAUUAUCGAGUGCAGCACCUUUUCCGAAAGGAAAACAUGUUCUCCGAGUGGAACUUUAGAGAGGCAAUUUUUUUGAAAUUCUCGUUAAAAUUCGACGUAAUGAAGAGAACCCGGUUCUUUAAGUUAAAAAAAGAUCGAAAGAUUGAAAAUAAGGUCGUCAUUGGCAACCGUUUUUAUUUAGUUUUUGUCAUUAUUAAGUUUCUGUUAAAAAAACCAUUGUGGUAAUCCAUUUUACCAUAAUAUUGCAUACACACAUAUAUGUAUACGUAUUGUUGACAAAGCGUCACUAUCGACGGAACUCCACUCAGAAUCGUUUUUAGCAAGCACUGGUUUAUCGUCGCUGGCAGAUGCAAUAGACAAUUUUCCCUGUGUGUCCCGUGUGUUCCAAACGUCUCGCCAACAAUGGCGGCUGCACGACCCAUCGCGCGCACCCAAGUGUCGUCCGUCUCUUUGUUUGAUUUCCGUUUUUCGGUUUUACUGCGGCGCGGACGUGUGACGACGUACCGAAGCGAAUAGAUUACCGCAAGCGAUCCGCGGGGAAACCGUACAGCGCCGGGCUCGCCGGGGCCACGCCGUCGUCGUCCCGGUCGCCCGGUCGAUAUUGCGAACGGCGAUCGGCGGCGGCGGCGGCGGUUUAUUGUCUCGCCGCGAACACGGGAAACCCUCGGCGGACGUUACGCAUUCUGUACGGGCGGUCGCGCGAUAUUAGCCGAAUGAUUUCCGAACCAUAUAACCCCGGGGACGUGUCGAAACGCGGGCGCGCGCCGCGACGAUACAUCACGCGUCGCCACAGCGCGUACGGGCGCGGGAGACCCGCCGUGUGGCGUCGCGGGAGAUUCCGUCGCGGAAUGCGCGCCCGACGACGCCUAAUUUAAAACGGCUUUCGACCCGCGCGGCGCAGUAAUUUCUGCCGCGCGCGCCCCGGCGAGUCCGGGCCGGCCACCGCGACGGUUAUAAUCGUUUUACGCGACCGCGCCGCGGCGUCGUUGUGUCGCGUUCCGCGCGGACGUAUUUGCGACACGGCGAAACGCGAUCAAUCCGCCCCCGCGAGGCAUUCCGUGUUAUUAUUGUAAUCGUUAAACUGUACGAUUUGCAAUAUUGUCAGGUGCGGUCAUUCGAUCGCUGUACUAUUAUUAUUAUUGUUACAACGGAGAAGGAAAUUAGUUCGAUUCGUAUACGGGUAGGAGGAGGUACGCGCGGUGUAUUGAAACGGCAACGCCAAACCGAAUCGACCGACCUUUCGGACGCUGCACGGAGCGACGGAUCGGAAUGCGUUUGUUAUAAUACAGGGGCGUCUCCGGACCUUGACUAUGAGGGAAGGGGGGGGGAGGGAGAGUGCGCGCGAAAUAACACACCGGUUUUUUUUUUAUUAUUAAUGAUUGAUAAGAAAAAAAAACUGGCACACUUCGCGCGACGUGCGGACCACUGUAGUGGAUGAGUAGUUGGGAACGUAGGAUAUAGAAGGCAAUUUAUUGUACAUCUGUAAGCAAAGGUUAAUCGUUGCUAACGAAAAACGAUUCUGAGUGGAGCUCGGUUAAUUGUAUUGCUUUUUCAACGAUAAUCGUGUAUGCAACUUCUAUACAAUAAUGUUUAUUUUUUUUUCUGUGGACGAUUUUUCUACUUUUAUUGUAGGAAAAUUUGACUGAAAUGGUAAUUUACAGAGGUCGUGUUUUUUUGAUUUACUCAGAAUUUUUCAAAAUAAAUGGGAAAAACAUAAAAAAAAACUUAUUAUUUUUAAAACGCUAAUAUCACGACCUUUCCAAACACAUGUAACCGAACUUCGAUAUGAAUGGUUUUUCAAUAACAAAAAUUGACCUUUACGAACAGAUGUACAUUAAAUUUCCCCUCUUCAUUCCCAACUCCAACACACACAACAGUGGCUCACCCAUCGUGCGAAGUAUGUCCGUUUGUUUUUUCUCUAUGUUAUUAUGGCAGUAUUGCGGACGAAUUUGUUCAGGCCAAUAUUAUAGUAUAACAGUUGCGGACAAAGGUUUCGUUAUCAGACUACUAAUUGCGGAUAUCAAUAGUUAAUAAAAACCAUGUCAAUCACGAACACAAAUAUAUUUCCUUAUACCGAUUUUUUAGGAUUUAGGACAAGCUAUCGAAAAAAAUUGGUGAGUUAGGUUAGAUAGGUGAGGUUAAAAAUAUUUAAAACAAUUUUUACAAAAAAUAUUUGUGUCUUACAAAAAGAGAAAUCAUUUUUCUUAAAUUAAUUUUUUUUUUAUAUAUAUAUAUAAAAUAUCUUAUUACGAUAUUAAAAUCCGAUUUACAAUAGUUUUUGACAGUAAUCUCAAAAGCAUCUGCGGCACAAUCUCAAUGCUCGUAAAUAAUCAAUCCCAUAACGUCAAUCCUCGAUAUCAAAAAUAAUGGUCGGAAAUUUGUCCACGGGGGUUAGCGCGCAUGUUCUAGCCGUGUCCGCAAUUCGUACGUUACUUUUUUAGAUUGCAACUCGCGUGGCUUUUAUUACUUUGUCCGCAAUUAGGAAACGCCGUUGCAGUAUAGCACGCGAAACCCUUAUUUUGAAGUGCGGAAGCAAGCGCCCUCGACGAUAAGUUAAAAAAAAACAAAUGUGACCCACGUGGGUAUAACAAUACUAAAAAGGUUUUCGGCACACAAUUACUAUUGUACUUAAAUCUGUGUGCGGAAUGUUUUCGUCAAACUUUGGCUUGUUCACAGGCACUGUACAUAAUAUGCGAUCUACUUCGGUUCGUAUGCGCUCUAACUAUAUCGUAACAGCGCCUACUUUGUCAUUCGCGCGUUUCUCGUACCUCUCAAAAGCCGUCAUAAUACGUAUGUUUGAACUUUUCACUUGCCUUUGGUUUCCCAAAGGACCCGUACUCAUAGGGACGACGGUACCGGGUCACAACACUUGCGGUAUCACCUGAAAAAAGUGAUGACGCAGAGACGUAUAUACUUCAAAGGUGAAAUUAUUAUUUUCUGCGCAUUUUUAGCUCGUUUUCCGUUUUUAUUUCGUUUUGCCGUUUUGUAAGUUUUUCGCGCGUUCGUAACAUUUAGGGUUUUACCGCGUUCAAUUUUCGGCAAUCCUAAAUUAUUUUAUUGCAUCGGUUAUCGAGACAUUUUUUUUUUUUUUUUUGUUUUCGUUAUAAUAUUCGUUUUAUAUUAAUAGAUUUCGGAUUUUCUUCGUCGUCCGUACACUUGCGGCGCAUUUUCAAUCGUUCUAUUUAUGAUUUGCAUAUCUUCGGGGUUUUCGGGCUGGUAUUAUGAAAACGCAUUCGGGAAUACACAUUUGCAAUAUUCCAUUCGUGUAAUUGACACUUCGAGAGUGUAACUUUUUCGCGGCAAAACCGUUGGCCGCGGUUUCUCAUUUUAGUUAAAUUUUUUGUGCAAACGUUUACGGCCGCAUAUAUUUUUAUGGAACGUAUAAAUCCGGACCCCUUUUGUGCAAAAUAAAAAACGCGUAUAAAAAUGUAUAAACUGCCGUUUACACUGAUCUGCCUGCGCACAUCACGCAGCGACGCGCAACACUUUCGAUUUCGUAACUGCGCCGCUAUCUAGCCGAAAUUAUAAUUUAAUAAUACAAUAUAAUAUAACAAAAAAAAAAAAAUAGAUAUUAUUGUUGUUGUUGUUAUUAUUAUUGUUAUUGUUAUUUGGGUCGCCGUCGUGACGUCGAUUAUUAUCAAUGUGCCGCGCGCGUCGGAAAACUGUGUCUAAUACGAUGUACUAGGUAAUACUGAUAAAAUAACAACGAAUAGAUAAUAACAUAAUAGUAAUAAAUAACAAUAAUGAUAAUAAUAAUAAUAAUCGAUAUAAAAUUUGUAUUAUUUUUCGCAGGGCCAGCAGAUCGACGUACGCCGAUCUGUUGAAGGACUACGUGACCGCCGAGACCGUCGGCAAACACAGCAAAGAAUGUUACCCGUACUUUAAGGAAUGCCCAAAGUCGUUGUUCACCAACAACCAUAACUAUUCGUAAGUGAAAUAACGUCUACUGCUAUUUCAAUGUCCAACCGAAAAAUCCGAUUUGACCGUAAAUGCAUCCCGCAAAAGAUCCCCCCCCCCCGCUUCUAUGUGGCGUUUCUCUCGUACGUUUCGGUGCAGCCCGUUCGCGGGUCGACUCGGCCAGGCAGGCAUGCGUAAAAGCUCGAGUACAACUAUCGGAAAUAAAAGCGACGCUUUCCGUUUUGAAAUCGCCGAACAAUCGGCGUUGAUAAAUGAUCAUAACAGGAGAACGCCGACGAAAGUGUCCGUAUUUUCGGUACCUAUAAUAUGGAUUUAAUGCGAUUGUCCGUUACGCGGUGUAAUGUUGUAAUCCUACGCUGCGGGAAGCGGAAUCUCUUCCAUGUCGGUCAAUAGGAAAAACCGACCAAUUAUUAGACGCCUACCGCAAAACCAGGACAUUGAGGGCACGAUCGGAAACUGUUUUUACUUUUCUCUUUUUUUUCCUCUUCUCCCUACCUCCCCACCCGCCCCUCGCUAAACGACGAAAUUAAAUCAGAUUCCACUUGUGUACGAACCGCCGAAAAUAAUAAACGAAACGAGUAUAGACGAACGAAAUCCGGUUAUCUGCUCUAUAAUAAAAAAAAAAAAAAAACACGUUGUACCUAUAACGAUGUCUAUACCGCGCGCGUACAGGUACAACUUCACACUUUUCGUCAUACGGCUGCAGUAUAGCUGUUUACCGGACUAGCGCAACGCAAUUACGACUAUGAACGUAACGUGACGCGUCGUCGUAGCGAUUUUUCGGGUGUUUUUUUUUUUUUUUCUUUAAUAUAUCGGAACGUAUUUAAUAAUUUAUUGUCCGUACACCGUUCUUUUACUUUACUCUCUACCGCCGAUUCGUCGUCGACAUUAUACCGAUGAUAUUACAACUGUGGACGAUCGAGUCCUCAAUAAAAUGCUUGUACAGUAAUCUCUUCACUCUACCGUACGAAACGACCGUACGGGGGAAAAAUUCGAUUCCGGUGACACAGCUCUGCGGCGAGUGCUGCUCGCUGCAGUUUUAUUAUUUAUUAUUGUUUAAUGGGGAAAAAGAAGUUUUUUUUUUUUUUUUUAAACGAAAUUACGAUAUUUCAUUUUUCUGUUCUUAUCUCGCGCCACGGUGAAUUACGUAUUUCGCAGAGUUUUUUUAUUAAAAUAUUAUUGUGUACAUAAAAAAAAAAAAAAAAAAAAAUAGUUUAAGUUUACUCGCAGAUUUAAUUACAUUAGAGGUAGGUUGGUAAAACAAGGCCGGGAAAAAAAAACACAACAAAAUAAUGAAACUAUUUCAAUUAAUCGAUAUAUUGUGUAUUAUUUCCUUUGGCGAACGGGAACAAUAAGCAUUUUACGCCUUUGCGUUCUACGCUGUUCAGAAUGAAAAUAUUGAUGAACAAUCGCUUUACUCGUUUAGUCAAACGUAUACACAUAUUUUUUUUUUCCGGUAAAACGCACGAAAAACCACAUAAACGCGAAAAAUUAAUAGUUUUUUUUUUUUUUAAAUCAGGCCAAUCAGGCCGUUCCGAAACCUCGAGAUCUGCAAUAACUGUAACAGUAGAGAGUAAAGACUGCUUACAAAACGUUUUCCGGCGGGAGAAUAGAGCUAUACACAUUUAUUAAUAUAAUAUCGCCUUUGUGGUUUUUCGCUUGCAGAUUGUCCGCGAAAUCGCAUUUACCGUUUUAGCUGUGCAAUCGCACCCCUGAAAGAAUACGGCGACACGAAUCAAAAUAUGAAAACGUUGGACGUCGGACUCUUGAUGUGUCCCGCUAAUUCUUCGGAAUGUUUCUAUAGUUUUACGCCCGCGCGAAACCGUCACUGCCGGGAUACGACGGCGUUAUGGCGGCUAGCCGAAUACCGUCUAAGAACGUAAUAAAACAUUAUACUCGGAUCGGAAUAGAGCCGAGAUUUCGUUUAUAUUUUUUUCGUUUUUCAAACGUUUAACGCCCGGACAACACUAUGUUUUCAUUUUACAUUUUAUCGUCGCAGCCACUUGUUUGGUAAUUUUAGGUGCCUGUAAUAGAUUGGCGUAUACUUUUCGACUUAAAAUGUACACUGUAUUGUCGUGCAUUUUUUAAUAACGCGGCAUUUCGCGCGUCUCGCAGAACGAUUUUUUUCGUAUGCUUGCAUAAUGAAAAUUUGCAUAAUUUAAACUUUCGAAAAAAAAAAAAAAAACGAUACCAUUAUACCUGCGUCUUUUUACGCCGCGACAGGCGACAUUAUAUCGAACUAUUGACAGUUUCCAGACGUGUCUAGCGUGUUUAAAAAAAAAUAUAUAUAUAUGUAUAUUAUAAUUAUAUGAUUUUUUUUUUUUUUUUGAAUAUUUGGAAUAUUUUUUAAAACGAUAACGAUUUACGCCCGAACGUCGCAGUUUUCACCCGAGUAUAAUGUUAUUGCGGAGAAAUCGAACGACCGCAUCAAUAACCGCUUCCGCUGCAGUUUCGAAAACUUGCAGGUCGAAAAAACCGCCGGAACGUAAUGCUCGCAAUAAUAAUAUUAAUACCCGCCGCUGCAAUGUGCGGCCGUAAAUUUACAGACGGACGUAUCGAUCAAAGAUUUUUUUUUUUAUUUUUAAGCGUUUUUGUCUGCACGACGGAUUUCCCGAACGUUCGGCGAAGGUUUCGCCGGUUAACGAUGACCCUCCGCUGUGUACAACUCGUUUGCGCGCACAUUUACCUUUUUUACGGCUCUUUGGUGGCGAGUCCAAUUUUCUUUUAUUUAAGUCAAACAAUAAAUAGUUUCGUUUUUAUGUUCUUUCCGAACAUUUUCCAAUUGUACUCCCUGAUGUAUCGCCCCUUAUUUAUAUUCAAAUCGAUGAUUUUUAUUACGUUUAUCGAAUCAAUCUUCAAAUCGGUUUCAUUUAGAAUUUUGAUAAUUAUGUCGAUUACUUGCGGUGUAUGUGUGAAUCAGUAAUGCGAAAUUGACUAACACUCGUGUUCUGUUUGUGAAAGACAGACGAUUUCCAUUUACCACUUAGUGUACCGCGUACAAUAUGAAAUAAAUUUUAAUUGAACAUUUUUAUUUCGCAUGUGCUCAAACGAAUCGCACCGCCUCCGCUUCCGGUAAACGCGGUCGUUCGUCCGUAUGCGAACUGAUAGAAUACGAUGAUAUUGCAAUAUUAUUAUUAUGCGGGUGCAAGGGCGCCCACAAGGGAGACAGAGGUAUAACUCCCCUCUAACUUUCCAGCGAGUUAAAAUAAUUUCAUCCAAAUUCAAUAUCUCAAAAUCCCAAAAUGCAUUAUUGGUACCGGUGUACCAUGAUGCAUUGACGUUUAGAUUAGUCGGUAGGCAUACCCCGUGCUAGUAAAAUUCCUCUAAUUAUUAUCACAAUAUACAAUGGUUUAUACCCAAUGAUUUCAAACCGGUACCAACCACCACACCCGAUCAUUUGUGGAUAUUUCUCGUGGACAGCCGACUAGCGGCUGUCUAAUGUGUGAGAACCGUUUAUCCGGAUCCCGUAUGUUAGGUUUACACAGGGAAAAAGUCGAAGGACUUAGUUUAAUGGAAAAAGUCACUGAUGAAUUUGGGAAAAAUAAAAGAACAUUGCGAGUUCGUAGUCGCUAUACAAUUGUGUGAUUAUUGAACAUUUUCAUAUAUUUUAACGCUUUUGAACAUUCUUGCGAAACACGCGUAACGCGCUGAUAAAACUGUUAACUGAUUGUUAACGAAAACGACGGCGGUCCGCCGCCGCCCUCCCCCUCCCCCCUCCCCUCCCCUCCCCUCCCUUAAUUAUCAACUCCGAGCACCGUUGCGCAAAUGUAUUCAUUGUGUAUUAACGGCGGGAUUUUUCGCAGGAAAAACGAUUUGUCGCCUGAAGACGAGGACGACGAUGGCGAGUCGGUGUCGGCCGACGACGACUUGAACGACGACGCCGACCGUAACGGCGGCAGUGGCGUCGGCGGCGGCGGCGGCAGCAACGGAAUCGACAGUCCGGGCGGCGAGUCGAGCGGCGGAUCAAAAGUGAUGGUGAAUCCGUCGCCGUUGGCCAUGUGA